GAUAUGGCUUCGUGGACUUUGAUAGCCCGGCUGCAGCACAGAAGGCGGUGUCGUCUCUCAAAGCCACCGGGGUGCAGGCUCAAAUGGCCAAGGUAAGAACUGUUAGCACGUUAGCAUCGGUGCUAUACAGUAUAUGCUAAUAUAGUUAAGGCGUUAGCAUGUUAGCAUCACCACUUUAUAUGAUAGUCUAGGCCAGGCUCAAAUGGCCAAGGUAAGAACUGUUAGCACGUUAGCAUCGGUGCUAUACAGUAUAUGCUAAUAUAGUUAAGGCGUUAGCAUGUUAGCAUCACCACUUUAUAUGAUAGUCUAGGCCAGGCUCAAAUGGCCAAGGUUAGGAACUGUUAGCAACUUAGCGUCAAUCCCACCAACGCUAGGCCAAGCUCAUUCCUCAGGCAUCCCCCUUAGUGGAAUGGCUUUGCUCCAUAAACACAUUUUAUAGAGUCCUUCGAUGACUUACACCCAUUACAUACACUACAUUAUAAACCGGGUAGGUCGAGCCCUGAAUGCUGAUUGUCUGAAAGCCGUGGUAUGACAAAAAUGGAUAUUUACUGGUCUAAUUACUUUGGUAACCAGUUUAUAAUAGCAAUAAGGCACCUCAGGGGUUUGUGGUAUACAGUGAAGGAAAAAAGUAUUUGAUCCCCUGCUGAUUUUGUACGUUUGCCCACAGACAAAGACAUGAUCAGUCUAUAAUUUUAAUGGUAGGUUUAUUUGAACAGUGAGAGACUGAAUAACAACAAAGAAAUCCAGAAAAACGCAUGUCAAAAAUGUUAUAAAUUGAUUUGCAUUUUAAUGAGGGAAAUAAGUAUUUGACCCCUCUGCAAAACAUGACUUAGUACUUGGUGGCAAAACCCUUGUUGGCAAAUGUUGUCACCUUCUCACCAAGCUGCUUGGCGAUGCUCUUGUAGCCCAUUCCAGCCUUGUGUAGGUCUACAAUCUUGUCCCUGACAUCCUUGGAGAGCUCUUUGGUCUUGGCCAUGGUGGAGAGUUUGGAAUAUGAUUGAUUGCUUCUGUGGACAGGUGUCUUUUAUACAGGUAACAAGCUGAGAUUAGGAGCACUCCCUUUAAGAGUGUGCUCCUAAUCUCAGAUCGUUACCUGUAUAAAAGACACCUGGGAGCCAGAAAUCUUUCUGAUUGAGAGGGUGUCAAAUACUUAUUUCCCUCAUUAAAAUGCAAAUCAAUUUAUAACAUUUUUGACAUGCGUUUUUCUGGAUUUUUUUGUUGUUAUUCUGUCUCUCAUUGUUCAAAUAACCCUACCAUUAAAAUUAUAGACUGAUCAUUUCUUUGUCAGUGGCAAACGUACAAAAUCAGCAGGGGAUCAAAUACUUUUCCCCCUCACUGUAUGGCCAAUAUACCAUGGCUAAGGGCUGUAUCCAGGCACUCCGCAUUGUGUCGUGAUUAAGAACAGCCCUUAGCUGUGGUAUAUUGGCCAUAUACCACACCUCCUCAGGCCUUAUUGCUUAAAUAUACAAGGUCUGCUCGCUCAUUACUGAAUAUGGGCUUUUACAGUUGCAUGGUCUGGCCCCUAUCCAGAUACAGACCCAGAUACAGACUGUAAUGUGUAGGACAUGGUGGGAGGCCUGCAGAAGGGGAGUUUAGAUAUGCUCUAUGUUUCCAAUGGCACUGUCACCCAUCUCUUCCAUAACUACUCCACAGUGUGUGACAGGGGCAGGGCUGCGGCCAUAUACAGUACAGCACCAUGCCGUGUGUGCAUGCGUGUGCGUGCACGUGUGGUGGACACUGUCAAUUAGGCUGUGCUUUGGUUGCAGUGGGCAUAGGCGCCUGUCAUGUGCUCUUUGAUAUGAUUGUGUGAAAGUGGAAGCAGAUGAGAGGAACUGGAACACGAGACCCCAGUGAACUUCACAGCUUGAGAGAGUGAAUGGCCAUACCAUAAGGGCAGUUAACUAGAGGCUUAAUUGAACAUUAAUCAGACUUUUUACUUUUACUGAUGCUGCUGGCAUUGGUGUUGAUUAGAACUGUGGUAAUGAUGAAGAUGAGAGAUACUUCGAUUUUUAUUCACAAUUCCAAUAAUGAUGGUGAGGAUAAUGAUGCUAGAAAUUAUGAUGAAGAUGAUACCCCCAUUAUUGUGAUGGAAUAUAAUGGGAGUAUCAGCUAGAGGGGAGAUGAUCUCCUCAAAUGUACAAUUUAUCCAUUCCCUAGCUUCACAAAGUGUCUGUCCUCCCUCUAAUAUUUAUAAGAGGCCACACACACAGAAUACAGAUUAGGGAAUAUGCUCUUUCCCUAUUUCAUUUAAAAACCUUUUUGUAUUGCUUUCUGUUGUCAGUCAACAUUCCCAGGAGUCGGCUUUUGUCCCAAUAUAAAACAGCUGGCCUUUUUACAGUGUUUGUGUGUGUGUGGGUGAACGUACUCUUGAAUGUUUCCGGCCACAUGAAUUAAGGGUCUGGCAUUCUCUACUUCUGUCUUUUUAUCCCACUUCUGAGAGACAUUAAGGGGUAGUUUAGUUUUUAUUGACUCUCUGUAUCUCUGUCUACUCAGUCUCUCUUCUACUUGCUCUCUUUCUCUCUGUCUCUCUCUAUCUCUCAGCCUUUGUCUCUAUCUCACACAAACACACAGCCACACACACUCCCGUCUACCAUGUGUUCGUUCGCCUGCCAUACAUUCAAUGAGGACAAUUUAGUCCCAUCCAUAAUUAACGUGGCCGGUCUGUAGCUGUGACUUUGAAACACCAGUCGGUUGCCCCAGAGGCAUCAAACAGGAACCCAGGUGAGCAUCACCAUCACAUCCUUCAGGUGUAAAUCAUUGUGGCGACUGCUGCCACCCCGAUGACUGAACACGGUCAUGCUGGGGCUCAUUCUCCUCAUUCUCCACGUCCCAAGGCUCCAUUUUGUCACGUAGAUCUCCCACAACAAAGUAAUAAACGGAAUUGCUAGUCAGAGCCAGAGGCUUUGAGCUCGUUAAAUAAAACCGUCAGAGUAAUCAAGUUGCACCUUCUUUUCCCGCUGCAGUGCCAUUAAAAGGCUUUUAUUAAGAUUACGUAUUUUAAACACGGCUGCAAGGGUGAGAAGAGAUGAAGGGAAGAGAAAGGUGGAGAAAUGGGUCUUUAUUUCGUCUUCCUUCCCCUUCUUUUGUCUGGAUGUCCCCCCUCUGAAUUAGUAAUACCAAGGAAACGUGAAACAUUGGCUUCCUUUUAUUUCCUCCUCCCCCUUGGGGACUGUGACAGCAUGAGGGAGGAUGAGAACCAUAAUUAAGGUACCUGAAGGACACUUCCUUGUACCUCCCUCGCUGUCAGUCACCUACAAAGCAGCAGCUUGGGCGAGAGUAUGUGUGUGUGUUCUUCAGUGGGGGGAGGGGGGAGGGGGGGAGGUCCCUCACACCUAGCUGAAGACUUCAUUCUCCGUGUCACUGCGUGUGGAAUGCUUUUUCUCCCCUCACGAAGACUGACAUUAAAAGAGACAGAAUGAUAACAAGGAAACGGUCCUCGUCUCCCAUCGCAGAUGCAAACCUGUCAAAGAGCUCUCCUCCUCAACUCUCCGCAGGGUGCCAUUUUCCCCUUGAGCCAAUCACACUGAAUUAUGGGGUGAGCGCCCUCGAUUGUGGUGUUUGUGUUGGAGAAGCAAUUCCACCUGACAGCUGCUACCUCUCAGACAACAACCCAGUCUUUAUGGAAAUUAUCUCUCUACCGUUGUCUUUGUUUGUCUUAUGGUUGCCGAGAUGAAAACAAAGCUCUCCCUUUCUCUCUCUCUUUCUCUCUCUCGCCAAGCUACCUGAACCAGCCCAGCUUAGCCAUAGGAUCCCCAACACACACGGAUAUUCACACAUCACACUCCCUUGACUAUUUAGAUUCACCCUGUAUUCAAUCUGAAUUCACUGCCUCCUGAGCUAACAAACAUUACCAUGUUUAUUCUCCAGUAAUAGCAGAGAGGCAAAUCGGAACGCGGGAGAAAAUAACUCAUUUUUUUAAAAGCCCAAAAUAAGAGCCUCUGGUUCAUUUGAAUGUGGAGGGUGUUAUUGAGGUUGUUAUUGACAUGUAAUAUUUAGGAACAGGGAGUCAGGUCGAGGUUUACCCUCCCUAACUCAGGGCUGUUUACCCUCUCUGCCUCCGCUUGCCCUUCACUUCCUGUCCACAUUAGAGUGAGGGGAAAAUAUGCUAAAAACGCUCAGCUCCGGCCCAGCAGGCAGCUAUCUCUGUUUGCCAUUUGGAGAUUUAAGGGCCCAUGGAAUCGUUACGGUAACGUUUGGGCCUCGGUCAGGGCAAAAGCCCACUAAACGUCGAAUAACGGAGAUUGACGUUCCUAUCUCUCAGGGGAAAUGUAAAUAUUGCAUUUAUAUUCAUACAAACAGUGAGGAAGCUCCCUGUGGGUGGUCUGGGCAGUCAGCGGUAGUAUUAUUUUCAUUAUUACCCUAUUAUCCUUUAAGGGUGAUUUCUUUGACACAGUUCCUGCACUGACACCCCUUUACAAUUUAACGAGACGAAGGGUGACCUCUGGACUUCAAUCAAACGGAUGGCUGACGCCGUUGUUGCUGUGGCUGAGAAUAGCUAGGUUAGCUUAGCAUAGCUGCUCUGCACCUUAGGCUGAGGUCACUUUUGCCUUCUUCUCAGGCAGUGGGAAUCUAUUCAGAAAUAAAUAAUAAUUGGCUGGACUAGAGGAUACAGGUGCAGGUUCAGCAGCCAUCUCUCUCUGCAGUUUGUGUUAUCCCACCUUGAAUAUGAUGCCAUUUCAGCAAGACAUUGCGAGCUGUUUGAGAACUAUGUUUUUCAUAAAGUAUAUGGUGUCAGUCAGAAGAUAGUAGUAAUCAGCACAUUUCCCGGCUCCACGCGUAGUGUGAUGCCAUCGAGACUGGGGGUGUCAUAGAGAUUAUGGUGUAGCCUAGUAAAGAUGCUUUCUAGUUCCUCCGCUCCAUAUGUGUCUGCCUGUCACAGCCGCACUUUGAAUACACAAUACAGAUACACACACAACAGCACAUAUUUUGUGCAUACUUCAUGUAUAUUCUUGUCUCCUUAUAAAGCCCAUUCCUCCUUUAGCUUUAUACUAUACGUUUCUCCCCUAGUGACAGUAUGACAGUAUCACUGAGCCUGUGGGAGGAUACAAAGCCUCUUUAGGUUCCACUACACAUGUAUAUUCCUCUCUCUUAAUCUCUCUAAAUGCAUAAAUUGCAUAGACGCCUCAUGCAGCAGCGCUGCAGCAUCAACUCGCCAUAGCGGCAGUGCUCCUCUCACCCUCCUUUCCCCAAAGUGAUACUUUUGAAGGGCAAAACCAGCACAAGUGAGAAGGACCAUCUGACUAGCUCGCAGUCCCGUGCCCCGUCAUUGGCUCACACUGUCUCAGCGCUCUAAUUACGCUUCAAUCAUACGGAGGAGCGCGGCGUGCGGUAAAUUAUUUCACAGAGCAGCUUGGAGACGUGCAGAGAGAGAGAGCGAGAAGGAGAGGCGGAGAGAGAGAGGGAGAGGGAGAGAGAGGUCUGGCAGAGACUGUGUCACCACAGACAGCCGGCUGCAGCAGGAGACAGGCCAGCACUAAUGAACAAAGUUACAAACUUAUCAGAGGGAGAGAGUGUCUGGUCUGCCACACUCCCUCUAGAGGAGCGAGAGUCACAGUAACUUUUAAUGGACAUUGGCAUACAUCACCAUCCCAAUACACAGAGAAAGACUUAGAAUUGAGACGGGAUUUUUUUUUUUUUUUUUACUGUUUGUUGUGACUUCGCUUUGUAAUUCAAUUCUCAAUUCAUUAUACGAUCCUAUCUGUAGUUGAAUGGCACUACGAACAAAAACAAGUAAUAUUCUAAUUAAAGCUUUAUUCGGUGAAUAGCUGUCUAUUUUGUUACCAAAUUGCCUAGCAGUGGCCCUGAGCCCAAAUCGGUGUAUUUCAAAAGGAGCGAAGGCCAGCCUCAAUAUGCUCGAUGCUGCCAUUGCUUCGCUUUGUAGCAAAUAUAAAUAAAUAUAAAUACGACUCAAUAAUGGCCACAGUAUGCAGUUAUUCAAAUCCCUUUGAUGUGGCAACUGUGUUAAGCCCCUCCCUUACUCCCUCAAUUGAUCUGCAUCCACUACCAGACUGAGGGAGAGCCAUUUCAAAGGACCCUGAAUCCACCAUCACAGAUAGAUACAUACAUGCAUACAUACAUACAGUGAGGGAAAAAAGUAUUUGAUCCCCUGCUGAUUUUGUACGUUUGCCCACUGACAAAGACAUGAUCAGUCUAUAAUUGUAAUGGUAGGUUUAUUUGAAUAGUGAGAGACAGAAUAACAACAAAAAAAUCCAGAAAAACACAUGUCAAAAAUGUUAUCAAUUGAUUUGCAUUUUAAUGAGGGAAAUAAGUAUUUGACCCCUCUGCAAAACAUGACUUAGUACUUGGUGGCAAAACCCUUGUUGGCAAUCACAGAGGUCAGACGUUUCUUGUAGUUGGCCACCAGGUUUGCACACAUCUCAGGAGGGAUUUUGUCCCACUCCUCCUUGCGGAUCUUCUCCAAGUCAUUAAGGUUUCGAGGCUGACGUUUGGCAACUCGAACCUUCAGCUCCCUCCACAGAUUUUCUAUGGGAUUAAGGUCUGGAGACUGGCUAGCCCACUCCAGGAAACUUAAUGUGCCUCUUCUUGAGCCACUUCUGUUGUCACCUUCUCACCAAGCUGCUUGGCGAUGGUCUUGUAGCCCAUUCCAUCUGAUUGAUUGAUUGCUUCUGUGUACAGGUGUCUUUUAUACAGGUAACAAACUGAGAUUAGGAGCACUCCCUUUAAGAGUGUGCUCCUAAUCUCAGCUCAUUACCUGUAUAAAAGACACCUGGGAGCCAGAAAUCUUUCUGAUUGAGAGGGGGUCAAAUACUUAUUUCCCUCAUUAAAAUGCAAAUCAAUUUAUAACAUUUUUGACAUGCAUUUUACUGGAUUUUUUUGUUGUUAUUCUGUCUCUUACUGUUCAAAUAAACCUACCAUUAAAAUUAUAGACUGAUCAUUUCUUUGUCAGUGUGCAAACGUACAAAAUCAGCAAGGGAUCAAAUACUUUUUUCCCAGGUUAAGCAGCACUUUGCAUUAGUUUACCCAUUUGGUCAGAGAAAGGACAGUGAUGCCCAGAACAUGUUGAAGCUAUGCUGGACAAAGCUGGAUAGUGUUGAAAAUCUGUGUAUUUUUGGUUAUGCCUUCAUGGUGUUAGCAGUUUUACCUACAAGGUAAUCUGUACAGAGUGUGCAAAGCUGUCAUAAAGGCAAAGAGUGGCUAUUUGAAGAAUCACAAAUCUCAAAUAUAUUUAGAUUUGUUUAACGCAUUUUUGGUUACUACAUGAUUCCAUAUGUGUUAUUUCAUAGUUUUGAUGUCUUCACUAUUAUUCUACAAUGUUGAAAAUAGUAAAAAUAAAGAAAAACCCUUGAAUGAGUAGGUGUGUCCAAACUUUUGACUGGUACUGUAUAACAAGAGGAAAACUGCUGCAACCAAUUUUUCGAAAGUGCACAUAGUGUAUUCUUCUAUUCUAAUUCGCAACAGUAAGUUAGUUAUUAUUAUUAUAUAUUUUUAUUUGUUUUUAUUUUUACAGAGCCUCCCGAGUGGCGCAGCGGUCUAAGGCACUGCAUUGCGGUGCUUGAGGCAUCACUACAGACCCGGUUCGAUCCCAGGCUGUGUCGCAGCCGGCAUCGACCAGGAGACCUAUGAGGCGGCGCACAAUUGGCCCAGUGUCGUCCGGGUUAGGGGAGGGUUUGUCCGGCCGGGAUGUCCUUGUUCUAUCGCACUCUAGUGACUCCUUGUGGCGGGCUGGGCGCAUGCAUGCUGACUUCAGUCGCCAGCUGUACAGUGUUUCCUCCGACACAUUGGUGCGGCUGGCUUCCGGGUUAAGCGAGCAGUGUUGUCAAGAAGCAGUGCGGCUUGGCAGGGUCGUGUUUCGGAGGACGCAUGGCUCUCAACCUUCGCCUCUCCCGAGUCUGUACGGGAGUUGCAGCGAUGGGACAAGACUGUAACUACCUAUUGGAUAUCACGAAAUUGGGGAGGAAAAGGGGUAAAAUGUUUUUAAAAAUCAAAACAACUAUUAUCGAGGUCCGGAUCUACACACAAACACACACACUUGUGUGUUUGUUUCUUUGAUUGGAGUAUGUUGUGGGCUUGCAGUAGGCGGCUGUGGCUGCAGUAGAGUGCUUUAAGCUCUCCCAGCCCUUCCUAAAAUGCGAGCCGCUGAUUCAGCUGCCCCAUUUCAAUUUGUCUUCAUCAGUCAUACCAAUUAACUCGGGGAUUAGAUUCCUCAAUGCCAGCAUCUCCAGCCCUCCUCCCUACCCCUCCCUUGUCUACCCUCUCUGCCAGCAUGCACAGCCCUGACUACACACAUUAUAGAUAUGUUUAAAUCUAUGCUCCACUAACAGCUCCCUCGUAGACUUUCUUAUAACUGGAGGUUUCGCAAUCCCAACCAACGCUCUUCUUAGUAUUCUGUGUGGUGGGUGGACUUCGGCGUAUCAACAGAAUUUUAAAGGAGAGGAGAGACUUCUUGACCAUGUAUUUUCUUUAAAAUGUGUGUGAUGGACGCCUACUAUUUCGCCGUUUCCACACAUUUUAAAGGAGACUACUCCUUGACAAUGUAUUUUCAGGGGGGAUUUCUCUGCCAUCAUUUUCCUCUUCCUAUCAUCCUUCACGAGGCAUGAGAGGGCAAUUUCCCCUUACAGCCUGGAAACUGUGAACUGUGAGUUUCCCCUCCGACUGAACCAGCAGGAAAAUACCACAUGAGUGCCAACCUAAACCAUGCAGUGAAGUAGGAGCUAUUUAAAGCUAAGGGACUCCAAAUGACAUUGAAUGACGAGCACUGUGCUCGUGCUCCUGAAACAGCUUAUUUUCACAUUCACACAGACAUGGCUUAUCUAAUAAACCAAAUAAUCCUCAUCAUGUAAUUCGUUUUUUUUUAUAGCACUAUGCUAUCAUAAUGUAUGAAUUUAGCUUCCAUACAUUUAGAUGGCGAGAAUAAGAUAUAAUUUAUGCAUGAAGUUACAUUGCUAGGGGUAAUUAAUCUGUAGGUUCUUCUAUCUAAACACACAUUAAUCCACCGCCUCACAACGGCCUUACUGUGUAACACACACACAGUAGACGAACGAAAGCCCCACCAGCCAAGCUAUCUUUAAUUCACUAGAAAAUGUAACACGAUUAAGGUACCCUCCCACCAUAGCACAGUUACAUAUUCAGGGCUUAGAGCUCCUGUCUGCGUGAGUUUACAUUUCUACUGCACUGAGAAAGCCUCUCAACGUAAUUAAGAUUUAAUGUUAAUUCUGGGCGCUGCUGCACAGUCUGUUUGGAUUUCGACUGGCUGCCGAUGGUAACACAAACAAAUAGUGCCGACCGUGUUACGUGCCUGGCCAUAACGAGAGACUAAUCACACAGCUUGGAGUGAGGAUCAUGGUCGGGUUUGUCCUUCUCAUCCCAUGACUGGCUGGCUGUCACCGGUUCAUCACUCUCUGUCUGUCUCUGUCUCUUUUUGGUCGUCUGUCCCCCCACCAUCACCAUCCCUCGCUCUCUUUCUCUCUGUCUCGUUCUCUCUCUCUGGUUCUCGCUGUCUCUCUCUCUCUCUCUCUCUCUGGUUCUCUCGCUCUCGUUCUCUCUCUGCAGGGCCCUAAUGAAUUGUGCAGGCAUGCCAUGUUAAAUUACGCUGACAGUUUCCAUCAUAUUGGUGGGGGCUGUACUGUAGGAGGACUCUGAGACAGAGCAGCAUAGAGCUCUGGCCAUGUCAAAGGGCCCACGCGUCAGCCAGGGCCUGCCUAGUGACUGUUGAUGGAUGGGGAACUGUGACACCCAUGUCUCUUAUUCAGACUAAUGAGGGAGAGGGAACUGGGGAAGUAGUGGGCUCUGGCUUUGGCACUGCUGUUUUUUCCCCUCCAUCUGAAUGUCACUGUGUGUGGCAGUGUGUCUGUCCAGUCUCUGCUAGUGAUCUCUGAGUGGGGGGUGAAAGGUCAACAACAACAAAAAAAGAAUAGAGAAGUUAAUGUCAAAUCUGCAUCUUCUGCUGAAUGCUUGUUAUUGAGCAGGGGAGGUGUGUUGCGUGCGUGUUAGCGUGUGUGUGUGUGCAUGCUUGUGUUCAUGUAUGUGCGCGAAUACGUGUGUGUGAAGAGGGGGGCUGUUCAGAGUUCACUAAUGAAGCUGUCUCCAGGGCCCCAGUCAGAGCAGAGUGAGAGCCAGUCAGCAGUUCAGAGACCACGGGGGCAGGCUUGAUACUGGGGGUAGAAAUUAUCACCCUCUGCGGGGUGAUUCCUCCACGCCACAUUUCGCCAUCCGGGGUUGUUUACCCUACAAAACAUACUGUACAUCAGCACAUCCUAAAAACAGACCGAGCCCUCCUCCAAGGCUGUUAACCUUGAGCCCUGUGUGGAUCUGGGUGGAUGAUGCAUGUUCGGCUGUAUGCGCUUGUAAAAUCAUAGUGAAAUAUCUACACUACCAGACAAAGGUUUUAGAACACCUACUCAUUCAAGGAUUUUUCUUAAUUAUUACUAUAUUCUACAUUGUAGAAUAAUAGUGAAGACAUCAAAACUAGGAAAUAACACAUAUGGAAUCAUGUAGUAACCAAAAAAGUGUUAAACAAAUCAAAAUAUAUUUUAUAUUUGAGAUUCUUCAAAUAGCCACCCUUUGCUUUGAUGACAGCUUUGCACACGCUUAGCAUUCUCUCAACCAGCUUCAUGAGAUAGUCACCUGGAAUGCAUUUCAAUUAACAGGUGUGCCUUCUUAAAAGUGAAUUUGUGGAAUUAAUGCAUUUGAGACAAUCAGUUGUGUUGUGACAAGGUAGCAGGGAGUAUUCAGAAGAUUGCCCUAUUUGGUAAAAGACCAAGUCCAUAUUAUGGCACGAACAGCUCAAAUAAGCAAAGAGAAAUGUCAGUCCAUCAUUACGUUAAGACAUGAAGGUCAGUCAAUACGGAACAUUUCAAGAACUUUGAACGUUUCUUUAAGUGCAGUCGCAAAAACCAUCAAGCGCUAUGAUGAAACUGGCUCUCAUGAGGACCGCCACAGGAAUGGAAGACCCAGAGUUACCUCUGCUGCAGAGGAUAAGUUCAUUAGUUACCAGCCUCAGAAAUUGCAGCCCAAAUAAAUGCUUCACAUAGUUCAAGUAACAGACACAUCUCAACAUCAACUGUUUCGAGACCAUGUGAAUCAGGCCUUCAUGGUCGAAUUGCUGCAAAGAAACCACUACUAAAGGACACCAAUAAUAAGAAGAGACUUGCUUGGGCCAAGAAACACGAGCAAUGGACAUUAGACUGGUGGAAAUGUGUCCUUUGGUCUGGAGUCCAAAUUUGAGAUUUUUGGUUCCAACCGCCGUGUAUUUGUGAGACGCGGUGUGGGUGAAUGGAUGAUCUCCGCAUGUGCAUUCCCCACUGUAAAGCAUGGAGGAGGAGGUGUUAUGGUGUGGGGAUGCUUUGCUGGUGACAUUGUCUGUGAUUUAUUUCGAAUUCAAGGCACACUUAACCAGCAUGGCUACCACAGCAUUCUGCAGCGAUACGCCAUCCCAUCUGGUUUGGGCUUAGUGGGACUAUCAUUUGUUUUUCAACAGGACAAUGACCCAACACACCUCCAGGCUGUGUAAGGGCUAUUUUACCAAGAAGGAGAGUGAUGGAGUGCUGCAUCAGAUGACGUGGCCUCCACAAUCCCCGACCUCAACCAAAUUGAGAUGGUUUGGGAUGAGUUGGGCUGCAGAGUGAAGGAAAAGUAGCAUAUGUGGGAACUCCUUCAAGACUGUUGGAAAAGCAUUCCAGGUGAAGCUGGUUGAGAGAAUGCCAAGAGUGUGCAAAGCUGUCAUCAAGGCAAAAGCUGGCUAUUUGAAGAAUCUCAAAUCUCAAAUAUAUUUUGAUUUGUUUAACACUUUUUUGUGUACUACAUGAUUCCAUAUGUGUUAUUUCAUAGUUUUGAUGUCUUCACUAUUAUUCUACAAUGUAGAAAAUUGUAAAACUUUUGUCUGCGUUCUGUCGUCUGUAAUUUGCUGCAGAGUUGUUGUUGUGUCUCAACCUGUGAUGAGUCUGUUAUGUCUUUGCCUUGGUUAUGUCUCACUUGCUUCUAGCUUCCUGUGCUAAGGGUGCUCCUCCUAUACCGUGUUUAUUGUGUCUGGCUUCUCAUAUUUGGUCUGUGCGCUAUGUUUGUGUUGCGUCUGUGCUGUGCCACUGUUAUCAUGGCAUUGUCUUUGUACUUUUGCAAUGUUGUCUUAGUGUUAUCUCUUUAAUGUUAGGGUUAUCUCUUUGUUGUCCGUGUGUUAUCAUCUUGCAAUCAAGGCAAUGGCUUUGUGUUGCAACACCUAGUAUAAUCAUCAUGCUAUCUUAAUGUUAUCUUUUGGUUAGAGUUGUCUUUACAGUAGUCGUAGUCUAACUCGCAUCCUCCCCUCUGGUAUUGUCUUAGUAUUUAGCCUUUGUAGUUUUGUCAUUAUAUAAUUUAGUUGUUGUGUGUGAUUCCUCCAGUGUUUAUGUGUUGCGUGCUCAUCACGUCCUCCGUGUUUAUGUGUUUACACGGCUACAUGUCUGUGUUGUCCCUGUGUUGUUAUGUUUGGUGCAGAGCAGACCUGAUUGAAACCAGAUGGCUAGUCUUUGGGAGUCUGACAACUGAAGAAGUAAUGGAGAAAACAGUAGACAAGACAAGAGAGAAAACCAGACGUGAGAUUGCCAUCAACUACAGAGAGUGAGAGAGAGAGAGACCGAGACACAGAGAGAGAGACAGAUGUAUGCACAAGGAGCAUCCUCUCUGGCGUUCUCUCUCUCUUCUGGGAUGUGACGUUCUCUCUCUCUUCUGGGAUGUGACGUUCAUACAGAUGCCUCCUGCAAUAACCGAUGGAAGAACAUGCUAACUUUCAAAUGUAUUACGAAGCAAGCAGUCAAAUAGUAUCACAUCUUUAGGUUCCAUGUUGUGUAAUCUGACUCUAAACCGUUCAAUAUUUUAGGCUGCUGCGCAUCGUACAAUGGUUAAUGCUCUUUUCCUUCCUAGCCAGUCUGACAGCAAUGUUUACAUCCGAUUUUCAAAUAAUAUACAUUUACUUAACAUGAUACUCAAACAGGAAAUCCUUGACAUUACUUCUGCUAGUUCCUUGUGUGAACAAAUCAAUUGCGUAUGAAUUGUACAGUACAUUCGCCAAACGGCCUUGUCAAGACCCAUCAGAGGAAUUUCAGGGUACUUUUGUGUUUUGCGAGUUCUGGAUAGCCUAGGCCUGUUGAAGGUGUGCUGCUCCAGGACUGUGUUAGAAGAGAAGAAGGAUUCAAGGAGCGAUCUUCCGAGCCAAGCCAGGGACGUUCACUGACCGACGUUCGCUAUAAGAAAGAUCUGGAACAGACGGUAGGUUGGGAGCCAUUGCCAUCUUGAAUAACGAUCACUCCCUCUCCAACCUUUGAGCCAGAUUUAGUGGAUGCUACACACAGAGCUCAUCCUCUUUAUGAUGAACACCCCUUCAGUACAUCACAUUAUUCUCCAUCUGGCCUGGCACUGCUCAGCUCUACAGGCGCAGGCGUGGGACGGUUUUUCAAGCUGUAACCUUGUUUAGUAUUCACCAUGACAAUAGGCAUAUAGUAUUCCCUAACAAGUUUUUACUAAAAGCAAGAACAUGGAUGUUUACAAAAGCAGUGGCAAUUGAAUGAAAAGGCAAAAAAGGGCUUUGUGAGAAACUGUGUGGUUGUUGUAUCCGGAUCUGAGCCCUUUUCCUGAUAAAGUGGUUCAUCAAUCUCCAUGGAAAUGGUCACACCUGCUUCGAUAGCUAGCUGAUGGCACAGUGUUGCCUUGAGAGGGAGGGAGGCAGAGAGAAAGAGUGAAAGAGAGUCGAUGGGGUCUGAGAGAACCAGAGGAAGUAUAAAUGUGCCUCCAAUCGAAUUAUUGGCCAAUCAAGUCAUAACGUGAGUAAUUCAAGGCCUACAUGAACGGGGAUAAUCUCAUUGGCUGUGCAUUAGGGGCUGAGAGGAUGGGGGUCGGUGAGGAGGGGGGUGGAGCUCUUAGUGGGCGCACUCAGUGGGGGGUCUCAGAGGAAGAAGGUUCUUUGAUAGGAGUUGAGAGAUAUCUUUCACUUUGAAUAAGGAGGGGUGGAUGAGGGGAGUUUGAAAUAAUGCCUCGAUCUCUGCCUUUGGCGUAUCGCUGUAAGAGACAGAGUAGAGUAGAAGGGUUGAUUGCGCCUGUGUUGCCAUCUGCUCCAGUCUCAUUGGUCAAUGACAACAUGUCUCAUGUGUCCAAUUACGAAAGAGGAUUAUGAUCUGUUUGUAUGCUGUCUGGUGGCCCCUGGUCAUAUCUGACUCACCAGAGGUAUACAUGACAUUUUGUCUGUACAUAAUGGUGUUUUACUUAUGUGGUACUACAAUAUACUUCAUAUUUGCAUUGGUAUUACUGUAUUUGCUUUUACGGUUGGCUCUCAAAUGUUGACUUUUGACACAGAUUUUGUUCACAAUAUUUCACUAUUCUGACCCAGCUGUGCAGAUCUAUAGCUCUCUCCACAUUGUCAAUAACCUAUGAGGUUUGACAUCUUCAGCUGUGUGUGUAAUGUCACUAAUUGUAAACAUUCAGUGUAACAUCGCUCAGUCAACCAGGAGGGCUUACACCUGGAGAAUCACGAUGAACCCACUACUACAACAUGCCUGGCGUUUGAACAGUAGGGGCUCCAACAAAGACUCCCUCUCCAAAGCUGAUGUUGGUUUCCGGAGGUUUGACACUGGCGUGGAGCGCUAAUCAGGCUCUGUUUCAUGGCUUUGGAAAGAGUGGCCCUCCCAGAGAAAAGCCUUGACAGUUUUCCACGUGAUUUGCAUGUGGAGGGUUCCUGAACCGGCUCCCCUGCUCCGCCAAGUGCCCAGGGAGACGCAUAGUAGAAGCAGCUGCCAGGGGCAGCUUGUCUGUGUGAGGGAGGGAAAAAGGGAGAGAAGGUAAUCACUUUUGGAAAAAUACUGCCUCUCCGGACCCUGCCAAUAGCUCGUUUGUGUUGUGGCUUUUCUACUGGAAGCCCGUUGCUUUGGCUCUCUGGCUUCUUUGGCUCUUUGGUUCUGUUGGCUCUGGCAUCCCCUCUCUCCAGGGUUAAUACAACAAUGAGGGGUUUUAGUUGAAAAGUGUCUCAAGGGUCGUAAAUGGACGAAAACAAUGGGCAGGAGAAUGAUAUUGGGGGGCUGUUUUUGGCCGUCGUGAGGGCAUAUGUUUAAGGAUGUGAGAGGCCGAAAAGAGUUCUACAAAAGUGUAGUAUUAUGAAAUCACGGUUGACUGGAGGGAGCAAUCCCCUUUUUAUUGGGGAGCAUGUCCUUAUUUCCCUGUGGCAUGACCAAUACAUUUGAUCUUUCCCCAAUUCCCUGAACCAGAUCCACCCCAACUGACUGACUACAGCCUGUGUCACGAUCAUGCAGUUCUGCCUUUGAAACGUGCCCAAGCAACUGCAAGAUUUUGCAUGUUGAGCUAUUUUAAAAUGCAUAUACAUGUACAGUAGCCGAGACAGGAUUAUGCAUAAACAGUAGCAUCCCAUUCAGCCAAUCAAGCAGAUCAGCUUGAGGGAAACUGACAGGUUCAGCAGUGUGCUGGUUAACAUCUUAUGAAUACCUCCUUCUCUAUAACAUAUGGCCCGGGUGUCCAGGAUACAGCGAAAAUAACCCUUUCCUGACACAAGGAAAAAGCGUGUUUCAAUUCAUCUGUCUGUCAUAAUCAGUGAGUAUUAUUUUGGUUUCAUACUGUAAACAUUGUUUUUUCACACACAUGAAUACAAAAACAGAAACCUUUGAAACCUUGCACCAUUUUUGAUUGAAUAGCGCCUCAUUAUUUAACAGCCACUUAUCGUCUUCCAUCUAUUAAGCUUCAAAUCUCUAUGAAACAGUGUCAGUCAUGGAAGACUGGAGUAGUUAUAGCUAGCCGGAGGGAGAGAAGUAAAUGAACGUGAAAGAGGAAGAGAGGGAGCGGUGAGAGGUGCAGUAGCUAGCGGAGGAAUAGAAAAGAAGGAGCUGUUUGGUGGCGGUAUAUAAGUGUCCCUGUCAGCCUAUAAUGACUGUGUGUUGGAGGCCAUUCAGAGACUCUGGACCUGCAGGGGAACAGCUUUCACUUCUCCUGACACACACAUUCACACACACGCACACACACACAUCUACUUUCGUUUAGACAGAGGGAUGAGUCAGAAGCUCUGCUGGCUACUGUCCCUCCCUCCUCUUCCCUCUCAUCCUCUCCAUUUCCCUCUUUUCUUCUCCUUUCCUCUCCUCAGCCUGCUCUACAAAGGUAUGUUUAAUACAUAAGGGCCCUAAUCGCUAUCGCAGCUGUGUCGGUCCCUCCAACCGUCUGGCUCUACGCUGUGUGUUCUUUCUCCUCUCUUCCUCUCUCUUCCUCUCUUUUCCGGUCUUCUCUCUUCUGCACCGCAGGAUCAUACAGAGAGGCCAUUCUCAUAGACCUCUGUCCUCAGGUGUCAUGCUCUCACUCUCUCUUUUUCUCUCUCUCGCUCUCUCUCUCUGUCUAUCGCUCUGUCUAUCUCUCUCGCUCUAUCGCUCUCUCUCUCUCUCGCAUGCUCUCUGUCUUGCUCUCUCUGACUCUCUCUCUCUCUGUCUCUCUCUGUCUCUCUCUCUCUCUCUCUGUCCCUCUUUCUCUCUCUCUCUCUGUCCCGCUCUCUCUCUCUCCAUUUCUGUCUCUUUCUCCCUCUAUGUCUUUCAUAUUUUGGAAAUGCAGAAGAUAAAUAUGUGAUGGAGCACCUCUGUAUACAUGGUUGUGUUAUAUGACCAGGGCCCGUAUACACAAAUCCUCUCAGAUUUCAGUGCUGAUCUAGGAUCAGUUUUGCCUUUUAGAUCAUAAUGAAUAAGAUUAUAUGGAUAGAUCCUAGAUCAGCACUCAGAACAGAGAGCCUCACAGUUUCUACGAAGUAGACAGAGCUGUGGCGUGCCAUCAUUCAUAGCAUUUCAUAGCCAUCAGUAAAUACUGUAAGUAAGCACCACUCAAUCCCACAGCAAUCUCUCCCACUGUCCCCUAAUAGUCUCCCUUUCUCCCUCCCUCUUACCCUCCAUCAAAAACACAUGAGGUUGAGUCUCCUCUCCACCGCAGCAAUGGAUGCAAAUGGAGGCGUGCAUUGGGGAAACUGGCUGACAUUUAUGCGUCGGGUUAGAGCAUGAAGCCCAACACUUUGUAAUUGAUUGUGGCCACGGGCAGCUCACGCUUGCCUCGCCUCUCGCUCUCUCUCUCUCCCUCCCCAUAUAGCCUCUCAGAAUCACUGCACCUCUCUACGCCCCAUUAGCAUGGCUCACACACAUGCACGCACACACCCCGUCCGCUCCACUGCACCCAUUUUAAUAACAACCUUUUAAUGGGGCUGUGGUUUAGUUGAGCGCCCAGACUAUCCCAUCCCGGAAGCAAUGCAUGGAGGCUCCCAUGACACAAGAUGUUUAUCCCACCACCCGAUCGGUAUAGAGAUCCUAUAGACAUUGCUCCUAUAUACAAAGUUUGGUGUCUGAAUGAAGUCUAUAGGUCUAGAGACUCUGUGUUGGGUCAACAGUGUAAAGGGAUACUUUAGGAUUUUGGCAAUGAUGCCCUUUAUCUACUUCCCCAGCAUGCUAGCAGUUACCCAUAGUCUCAUUGCCAAAAUCCCGAAGUAUCUGUUUAAGAGAGGCAGAGAGAAGAGAAGAAGAAGAGAGAGGAGAGAAACAAAGCAAACAGUGGAACGAAGGAGGGAAGGAAGGAGAGAAAUGAAGGAGGGAGAGAUGGAGAGAAGUUGUGCUGAGUGGUAUGUCCUUAUUUUUGGAGGGAGGAGAGGAGUAGGGGAAGGUGCUAUAUAGUAAUUAGCAGUUGAGCUCACCAGGGAGGCUCCAUAUGUAGAGGAGCCAUUAGACACAUAGCAGGGAGCUAUGCACAGAACAGGGAGGCCAUUCCGCUGACUCUGCUUGCUGCGAGCCUUUCUUUCCCCCGCACUAAACAACUUCUAAAUCACCUUGUGCCGCCACCACAAGGAAGGAGCAACACAGCCAGGAAAGGUGAGGAGGCAGGAGGAGAGGCAGGGGUUGGGAGCACGUGUUAAGAUCUAUAUUUGUCUUAUGCACAUGCACACACACACAUGAAUACAUGCACACGCGUGCAUACAUGCACGCACAUACACACACAUUUUUUAUGAUGAAGUAUGCACUCAUCUACAGUAAUAAGUAGCUCCUUGAUAAGAAAUGUGAUCUGUCAUUUAAUUGCUAAGCUAAUAAUUCCCUGUUUGCCAGAAAGUGCACAUUGGAGCACAUAUUAUAGCACCUAUCCUACUCUGUUAGUGCUCUGUAGUGUAGAUAGCAGGCGUCUGUAGUGUACGUGCCGUCUCUCACUCGCUGAUACACCAGUUUACUGUGACCUUUAAACAGGCACAGUCUGUCUUUUGCCACCGAGCACACACACACACACGCACACAUACAGGCACACACAUGCACACACACACCCACCCACACCCACACAAAAGGGAACAGUAAUUAGCGAGGACUCCCGGGCCCCUCUGACAGGCUUUUCAGAAUAGAGAGAAAGGGCAGGGUGACAUUUGGGCAGCAAAGUGGCACAGUCAUCAUCGCCGUGCUUCACAAAAUGAUCAGUCGAGGUUGAGGGUUCAAAUCCCUGAGCCCAUAGAUAGAUAAAGCCUUUUGCCCCUUAGACAAGAUGCUCCCAUCAGAUAACAGCCUUGUGUAAAGUGUUCAGGAUAAUACACAGCCUUUGGGAUUGUGCGUCUUCAGUCUUUAGUGGCCUUGCGAGUGCCAAACACCUCUUAAGUACCAGCUAUAAAUUAUACAUUUCUACUUAGCCGGCGAGAAGGCCGAUAAGCACUAUUGCUUUCAUAGCAAAGUGUUACUGCUUUACACCUUGAGUGGACUGGUUUCAAGCCUAUUGGCAUUAUUUGUGUUAGUUAAAUGAAUAAGCCUUGUUAGAUCUUAGUCUUGUUGUGAGAAUAGCUGCCCUCAGGCCAGAGAGAGAGAGAGAGAGAGAGAGAGAGAGGGCGAGAGAGGAGAGAGGAGAGAGAGAGGAGAGAGAGAGAGAGAGAGAGAGGAGAGAGGAGAGGAGAGAGAGAGAGAGAGAGACGAAGAGAGGAGAGAGAGCGCGAGAGGAGGAGAGAGAGAGAGGAGAGAGAGAGAGAGAGAGAGGAGAGAGGACGAGAGGAGAGAGAGAGAGAGAGAGAGAGAGAGAGUGAGAGUGAGAGUGUGUGUGGAAGUAAGAGAGCGACAGAGAGAACGAUAAAGAAACAGUUGCCCCUGGUGGCUGGGAGUAAACAAACAUAGCUUUAACGGCUGCUAUGUGAAUCAUUCCCAACCAACAAUGAACUAGGCCUGCGCUGCAUGCCAACCAGGCUCUGAUUUCUUGGCUGCAACAUACUGUAUGGCCUUUCCUCUGCUUGGCGUGAGCCCCAAGAUUUCCCACACGUGGAGAUUUGAUUUUAUUAGAUAUUGGGAUGAAAGAUAGUUAGAGUUAACUACGGCCUAGAAGACAACACAGGCAAGUAUAAUGUAUAAUUUCCAAUGAAAGCCUCAAUGGGAUUUUUUUUAUUUUAUGUCCGACAUGGAUUUACCAGUACUAACAAAAACUACUGGGUGUCCCAAUCACUGGCACAAGCAGAGGAGUGGUCCAAUGUAUGGUGCCUCUCACUGCUGUGAUAGCAGGGCUUCCUGACCUUAGAGAACAGCAGAGGAGACUGGGGAUGCUGUAUCCAGUACCCUGGAGAAAUGGUGAUGCAGCCUUAUGCUUCAUGACAGCUCUGUGGGUGUCUGAUUCUCUGACAGGUCCUAACCUUGUUCUGUGAUCCUCUAUAGCUCAGUUGGUAGAGCAUGGCGCUUGCUAUGCCAGGAUAGUGGGUUCGAUUCCCUGGACCAACCAUAUGUGAAAAAUGAAUGCACGCAUAACUAAGUCAUUUGGAUAAAAGCGUAUGCUAAAUGGUAUAUAUUAUUCUAUACUGUACAGUACUAUUGUACAGUAUACUGUAUAUUAUAUAAUGUGGAGCUACAUUAUUUUGUGCAUUUUAUGCACUGAGCAUGUCUUGUGGCUUGUGAACAUCUGCUACAUUGCACUGUACUUAAUGUUUGAUACUCUGGUCUAUAUUGUACAUAAUUUGAGUGUCUUACUACCCAGUUUCUGCACUGAACAUGCCUUGGCUUACGAGCAUCUGGUGCGUUAAUUAGAGAAUUAUGCAUUUUAAUUCAGUUGUCUCACAGACUCUGAGGAGCUUUGCCUCAGUGAAACAUACAUGUUUUUAACUGUGCUUUGGGCUGUCGUCCUUUUAUCUCGCUCAGAAGGAAGGGAGUGUUCUUCCUCUCCCAGGGAACAGAACAGGCAGCGACAGUCCUCAGAGGAUGUCUCUAAAUCUAAAUGCCAGUUUUUACUGGAUAUCCCUCUGAUCCAAUUGUGGACGACCAGGCCAGGCAUGACAGAGUCUGUCAGACAGACUGACUGGUACACACGCACACACUCAGGACUCCCCCUUCCCCGCACACAAACAGACCGACUGGUACAUGCAAGUCAGUGACCGAGAGUCAGAGAUUUAAAAGCAGGCUCUAUCGCUGGCGUCUUCCGUCAUAUUUAAACGGGGUCCUGAGAGACAUAAACACAGGAAAAGCAGAUGGCUCCCAGUGGUGGAGCCGUAUGAGCUGCAAUGCCAUCAGCAAGGAAAUGGCCGCCGCUCCCUUCGGCUUUUUUACGAGGCAGGUUUGUAAACAGUGCUAAAUAAAAACCAACGGUUUGGUUUCACUGGGUAUUUGGUUUCACUUUGGGACGGCAGGACCAUGGCUUAUUUUCUCCAUUACUCUGGCUAGCUCUUGGAGUCCUGGCGUGUCCCUCGUUCUCGUCUUGGACUCCAUUUUGGCUCUACUAUACACUUUUGCAUGUCAUGCUGGUAUUAUAAAUCCCUGUCCAGCAUUUUAGCUCUAAAAAGUAUCCGUUUGUUGUCUCAAGUUUUGCACACCUUUCCUUCUUUGAGUGUUCUUUUCCCAUUUCAAGCACUCUACAAUAUCCCCUCCAUCAGCGUUUACAUUUUAUUCUGUGCUAUGCAAUGAAAGAUGGCAAAACGUGACUAUGGCAGCAUGGAAAAUGACACUAAUUCUGGGUAAUUUACUCCAUACGGAGCAUGACAUUUCUUACUUUACGGUGUCACCAAUGCCCUGUCCAGGGUUGGCAUGACAGUGGGUGGAGAUAGAUUGACUGCUUUGUUUGAGGGGGUAUGCUAUGCUGUGCGUAGUGAUUAACCCUUUACUGCAGUGGGCUAAAUCAGGGUCACACAGUGUUUCUUGGUAGUCUUAAACAAAUCUACUUUGAAACAAAAGUAUACAUCUCACACACAUGGUUAUGGGCUUACAAAAAAGAAGACACCUGUACCAUGUCAGAUAUAGAGUUGACAAUAUAUUCAAAUUUGAGUUUGUAUCCCAAUAUUACACUUUAUAUACAUCACAGAAGACUGAAAUAUAACAAAACCGUUUGACAUAGAAACACUUGAUUUUCGGCGGGUUUUUGAAAGAACGUUUAUUAAUUAUGAAAUUAUAAAAAAUAUUAAUAACAUUCCUGUGACGAAGUGUGAAAGAAGGAGUCAGGCGCAGGAGGUAAAAUACUGAAGUCCAGAGUUUAAUCCGUUUGCAUAAAUCAAACGGCCCAAGCGUCAAACAAAACUGUACAAGGGAAAACAUCCACCUUGGCAAUAACACAGUGAAAUGUAGCUCAACCGAGCUACACGCUCUCACAACAAAACAAUCACUCACAAAGACAAGGGGGACAGAGGGAACACUUAUACACAUACUAAUUAGGGGAAUGAGCACCAGGUGUGUGUGAUUGACAAGACAUGACAAGUGGAGUGAUGAGAAUGGGAUCGGCAGUAGCUAGUACUCCGGUGACGACGAACACCGAAGCCUGCCCAAACCAGGAGGUGGGGCAGCCUCGGUGGAAGUCGUGACAAUUCCACUCAUGAGGCCACUAGGUCAUUUGACUGCAGGAAAGGGCUAUGAAGGGUGGAGUGGCAUGUGCGUGCCUGUGUGUUUGAGUGAGUAAUGUAGAACAAGCAAGCUUGGCCCGCACCAACAGCAUUGUGUCAUUCUGGAGUGGGUUUACUUAGGGCGCUGCACAACGGCCAAGCUUCCCCUCCAUUUGAAAGCCUUCAGCAUGCCAUUAAGUCCCUCCUGGGGCAAAGCGUCCGUCAACUUUUUUCCCUCCGAGUAGAGCUUUUUGCAAAAAUGCCUCCCUGUACGGCUUUCUUGGCUUCAAGAAGACUCAGCAGAGAGCAUGUCUGUUUGUGUUCAUGUUAGAGAUUGACAGACUUCUGGAGGUUUCGUUUGGUCAGAGGCGGAUUGGAUAAACUCAAACUUUUUGAGGCACUGAUCCCAAAAUGAAGCAGCAUUUACCUGCGUGUUGCGGCAAACACUCACAUUACACAGCAAGAGAGAGAGAACAAACCGUUUGAGGACCUGGAAAGUUUCACCCCCUUGCUUCUAAAUAUCUGUACAUCAGUAUCUCUGUGGAAAGGUGUAGAAGCCUUUCAUGGUGGGCUGAGGUACUAAAGUACCCCAGUCUACCUCGUCUCUGACGUCAGAUACCCCCAGACCUGUUGCGAUGCCUAGCAGGUUCCUGGAAAUGGACUGGCGCUCAGGGACUAUUCUGGGGUCAGCCCACCUCUUCUGGCAGUGGAACUGCAGAAAUGGAGGAGGGAAGGGAGGAGGGAAUCAGGGCAAGUCAUUAUCUGUGUGUGGGUCCUGUCUGGAAGUCUCCUGGGGAGAGUAGACUGAAGAAAGCACUGACACGAUGUGGGGAAGCCUGCUGAUAGUGCGUGAGAGAUCGGGCUGAGGCGACAGAGCAUGUUCUCUCCAUCUCCCAUCUCUCACAGAUAGACAUACACUUAACACCUUAAACACACAAGAGGCCAGGACACAGGCAUAAUGGACUGACUCACAUGUACAUGCACAUGUCACAUGCACGCACGGGCACACACACACAGGCACACAAACACACACAAACCUGCCAUUCGCACGUCCCCAGUUAGUGGGGUGCUCCCCUCAUCAGUGCCACUACCUGGAGGGUGUUGUUUACUGUGUGGAAGUGAAUGAUGAGGAUAGAGGUAGGGAGUGCUUCCUCUCUUUACACCCCCUAUCCACAGGACACAGCAGAGAGGUCACACACACACACACAGGCUCACAGGGAGGGGUUGACACUGUGGUAAAGUAGGAUUGGGAGGAUGGAGAUCACCUAGCUUAUGCAGAAGAGUUGCACACAGAGAGGCAGUAUAAGCUAAGCAUGAUGUGUACAUUGAAAUGUGAUAUUUUUUAGAAAAGGUUUUAGAAAAUAAUACAAUAAAACACCAUACAAUAAAAAAAAAACUCUACUUCAUGUCUCUUACAGAUUACAAGUUACAAAGACAUAACACAAAUUCCAGUUACAUUCAUAUAUAAACAAAGUAAAGGAUCAUCAUCAUAGUGUGAGUUUUAAAAAUCUUGUGUAUUUUGAAGUUGCUUUUGGCCCCAUCAAAAUCAAAUGCAUUGUCACGGUUUCGGCCGAGGCUGCUCCUCCUCCUUGUUCGGGCAGGUUUCGGCGGUCGUCCCCCCCGGAGUACUAGCUGCCACCGAUCUAUGUUUCAUGUUCGUUUGGUUUUGUCUUGAUGUUGUACACCUGUGUCUAGUUAGUCCUCAUUAGUGUCCUAUUUAGUUCUCGUUGUGUGUGUCAGGUGUUGUGUGUGAUUGCUCUUCUGUUUGGUGUUCUGAGCUACGUGUUUCCCUCCGUUGUUUUGGAGAGGUUUUCGCACAUGUUAGUGCACCUAUUGUUUGACGCCUGUGUGCACCUUUAUUCUCGCCUCCGGGCUUGUUUGCUCGUGUACUACGUGAAUAUUUCACUAAAGUCUUUUGGACUUAGUUUCUGCGUCCUGCGCUUGAUUCCUGCACCACACCCACCUUCAGCACCCCUGACAUGCAUCCCUGGUAAUUCAGUCUUUCUGUUUCACUUUUUAAUAAAUAUUGUUUCAAUCUUUCCAUGAGUUCAUGCCACUUGGAUCAAUCUCUCUCAAUUGAAUGAGGUCUUACUGUUUAGCUUUAAUCAGCCACCUGUCAAAUAUCAUCUACAUUAUCUUCUUCCACUGUAUAGGUUUCUUUUCAUCAUUAUUCAACUUCACCCAUUGGCUGAGAAACAGUACAGUGAUAUCAUGUAGUCUUGUGCACGCACACACAUACACACACAAACACACAUGGCAUGCAUGUACAGUGAGGGAAAAAAGCUCCCUCCACAGAUUUUCUAUGGGAUUAAGGUCUGGAGACUGGCUAGGCCACUCCAGGACCUUAAUGUGCUUCUUCUUGAGCCACUCUUUUGUUGUAUUUGACCCCCUCUCAAUCAGAAAGAGUUCUGGCUCCCAGGUGUCUUUUAUACAGGUAACGAGCUGGGAUUAGGAGCACACUCUUAAAGGGAGUGCUCCUAAUCUCAGUUUGUUACCUGUAUAAAAGACACCUGUCCACAGAAGCAAUCAAUCAAUCAGAUUCCAAACUCUUCACCAUGGCCAAGACCAAAGAGCUCUCCAAGGAUGUCAGGGACAAGAUUGUAGAUCUACACAAGGCUGGAAUGGGCUACAAGACCAUCGCCAAGCAGCUUGGUGAGAAGGUGACAACAGUUGGUGCGAUUAUUCGCAAAAAGAAGAAACACAAAAUAACUGUCAAUCUCCCUCGGCCUGGGGCUCCAUGCAAGAUCUCACCUCGUGGAGUUGCAAUGAUCAUGAGAACGGUGAGGAAUCAGCCCAGAACUACACGGGAGGAUCUUGUCAAUGAUCUCAAGGCAGCUGGGACCAUAGUCACCAAGAAAACAAUUGGUAACACACUACGUCGUGAAGGACUGAAAUCCUGCAGAGCCCGCAAGGUCCCCCUGCUCAAGAAAGCACAUAGACAGGCCCGCCUGAAGUUUGCCAAUGAACAUCUGAAUGAUUCAGAGGAGAACUGGGUGAAAGUGUUGUGGUCAGAAGAGACCAAAAUCGAGCUCUUUGGCGUCAACUCAACUCGCCAUGUUUGGAGGAGGAGGAAUGCUGCCUAUGACCCCAAUAACACCAUCCCCACCGUCAAACAUGGAGAUGGAAACAUUAUGCUUUGGGGGUGUUUUUCUGCUAAGGGGACAGGACAACUUCACCGCAUCAAAGGGACGAUGGACGGGGCCAUGUACCGUCAAAUCUUGGGUGAGAACCUCCUUCCCUCAGCCAGGGCAUUGAAAAUGGGUCGUGGAUGGGUAUUCCAGCAUGACAAUGACCCAAAACACACGGCCAAGGCAACAAAGGAGUGGCUCAAGCAGAAGCACAUUAAGGUCCUGGAGUGGCCUAGCCAGUCUCCAGACCUUAAUCCCAUAGAACAUCUGUGGAGGGAGCUGAAGGUUCGAGUUGCCAAACAUCAGCCUCGAAACCUUAAUGACUUGGAGAAGAUCUGCAAAGAGGAGUGGGACAAAAUCCCUCCUGAGAUGUGUGCAAACCUGGUGGCCAACUACAAGAAACGUCUGACCUCUGUGAUUGCCAACAAAGGUUUUGCCACCAAGAACUAAGUCAUGUUUUGCAGAGGGGUCAAAUACUUAUUUCCCUCAUUAAAAUGCAAAUCAAUUUAUAACAUUUUUGACAUUUGUUUUUCUGGAUUUUGUUGUUGUUAUUCUGUCUCUCACUGUUCAAAUAAACCUACCAUUAAAAUUAUAGACUGAUCAUGUCUUUGUCAGUGGGCAAACAUACAAAAUCAGCAGGAGAUCAAAUACUUUUUCCCCUCAUUGUAACUAGCACAUACUCUAUCAAGAAAUCUCAAACAUCUUUUGAGUAAUCUCCAACAGCUUGCAGGUGCAUUUCUUUAGGAAAAAAUCUGAGGAAGACACACACACACAUAUACACACACAGUGAUAUGCCAUUCUAAUGUCACCAUCUGAGGGAAGGAUCAACCCAAACUAUGGCUAUGUUUCAUGGAGCCGCAUAAUGAUGUUUUAUCACACUUAAACGUCAUGUUCAGAUUUCCCCACAUAUUCAACUCGCUCUGGAAAUGUUUGUGUCAGUUAAAGGAGGGUUGAUAUGCCAUUUUUUCCUCCUCCGUCUCUUUUCAAGAUCUUACGUUUCUCACUUAAGUCCUCCUUUUCAGUGUUAUCAUUCCACCCGAGGCUCUCCAAAGCAGCUUUGAUAUUGAAAGCAGACCCGGCAUGAAAGGCAUGGGGUUAGGGGAAUGUAAAUGGUGAGAUCUUCCCGGUAACGAAUACACUGCACCGCUUCAUGGCUGCAGCUUCUAUAGAUCCUUCAUAGUCUUUCCAUCUGACAAAAGUGAGUCGGAAAUUGAUAUGUGAGAAUGUUUUGAUUCAUUGGGAUGGAAUUGGGUCAAUUGAAAUAUAUACAGUGGGGAAAAAAAGUAUUUAGUCAGCCACCAAUUGUGCAAGUUCUCCCACUUAAAAAGAUGAGAGAGGCCUGUCAUUUUCAUCAUAGGUACACGUCAACUAUGACAGACAAAUUGAGAAAAAAAAAUCCAGAAAAUCACAUUGUAGGAUUUUUUAUGACUUUAUUUGCAAAUUAUGCUGGAAAAUAAGUAUUUGGUCACCUACAAACAAGCAAGAUUUCUGGCUCUCACAGACCUGUAACUUCUUCUUUAAGAGUCUCCUCUGUCCUCCACUCGUUACCUGUAUUAAUGGCACCUGUUUGAACUUGUUAUCAGUAUAAAAUACACCUGUCCACAACCUCAAACAGUCAAAUACUUAUUUCCCUCAUUAAAAUGCAAAUCAAUUUAUAACAUUUUUGACAUGCGUUUUUCUGGAUUUUGUUGUUGUUAUUCUGUCUCUCACUGUUCAAAUAAACCUACCAUUAAAAUUAUAGACUGAUCAUGUCUUUGUCAGUGGGCAAACGUACAAAAUCAGCAGGGGAUCAAAUACUUUUUUCCCUCACUGUAUAUAUACCAGUCAAAAGUUUGGACACACCUACUGAUUCCAGGAUUUUUCUUAAUUUAUACUAUUUUCUACAUUAUAGAAUAAUAGUGAAGACUUCAAAACUAUGAAAUAACACAUGUGGAAUCAUGUAGUAACCAAAAAAGUGAUAAACAAAUCAAAAUAUUUUAUAUUUGAGAUUCUUCAAAGUAGCCACCCUUUGCCUUGAUGACAGCUUUGCACACUAUUAUAGUUUUCCCACUUGCCUAUCGUUACCUUUAUCUAAUUAAUUGAGGUCUUUCACCAUAUUCAUGGCCAUAUGUUACAACACUGCUUUUAGCAAAUACAUAUUUAAUGAGUUUAUUCCAAUUAGGGGAGGGGUGGUAAGGUUAGGGGAAAAUAAUAAAGAAGGAAAAUAUAUAUUUUUAAAUAUAUAUAUAUAUAUAUUUACAAAAUAGAAUAUAUAUGGGGAAUUGGAAAUGAUGCAGACAAUUACAUUGAUAGAAACCACAAUCUAUCUGCUAUUAAAGCUGAUCUACCCCCUGAAAAAAAAAAGAAAUACAAAGAAAUACACUUGUCUGUGUGCACGGCCCUGGACACAUCAGUUACUGACACACUACACCGAAGCAUGCUGUGACUCAGUAAGCUUUCCACCGGCACUGUUUCUGCCAAGGCACCACAUGCCUACCACCCCAGUGAAUUUGGGCAUAACCCUCCUCCACCACCACCAACAGUCUGUCUCUCUGUACUCGAAAACAGCUUGAGAUUCCCAUGAAGUUGGGCAAAAAUAGCCAUCUUCCACCAAUCUGUCCCUACGCCCCCUCCUUCAAAAAGCACACACACACGCAGGCAGGCACACACACGCACUCUUUCUAUAUUUCUCUCUUUCUCCUCUCCGUUAAUGAGUCCCUAGAGGGUUCCAUCCUCAAAAGCGUUCUUCAGACGUCAUUACAGCCAGGAUGGCUUCAAAGAUCCUCAAUGCUACAUUAGCAUGACAGGGGCUACCUGCAGUGAUAGCAUGAGACAUUAGCCUACUGUGCUAUUACUAAUGGGAUGUGCCUGACUUUCUACAUAGCCGUGGGAGACUAAUUCUGUCUGGACACUGUCUAGACUCAGUUCAUAUGCAAGAUAGGAUAUAGUGAAAUAUGUGAAUUAUAUGAGGUUUGACCCUCCUGUAGUGUACCUUCUCUCAAAAAUGAAAAUGUGGUUGACUCUAUAGUAUACGGUUCACGUGUUGGCUUUCGAAGGUCACAGAUGGUGAUCGAGAUUACAGGACUGCUCAUUUGCUUGCCAUAUACAGUUGAAGUUGGAAGUUUACAUACACCUUAGCAAAAUACAUUUAAACUCAGUUUCUCACAAUUCCUGACAUUUAAUCCUAGUAAAUAUUCCCUGUCUUAGGUCAGUUAGGAUCACCACUUUAUUUUAAGAAUGUGAAAUGUCUGAAUAAUAGUAGAGAAAUUGAUUUCUUUCAGCUUUUAUUUAUUUCAUCACAUUCCCAGUGGGUCAGAAGUUUACAUACACUCAAUUAGUAUUUGGUAGCAUUGCCUUUAAAUUGUUUAACUUGGGUCAAACGUUUCGAGUAGCCUUCCACAAACUUCCCACAAUAAGUUGGGUGAAUUUUGGCCCAUUCCUCCUGACAGAGCUGGUGUAACUGAGUCAGGUUUGUAGGCCUCCUUGCUCGCACACGCUUUUGCAGUUCUGCCCACAAAUGUUCUAUAGGAUUGAGGACAGGGCUUUGUGAUGGCCACUCCAAUACCUUGACUUUGUUGUCCUUAAGCCAUUUGCCACAACUUUGGAAGUAUGCUUGGGGUCAUUGUCCAUUUUGGAAGACCCAUUUGGAAGACCCAUUUGCGACCAAGUUUUAACUUCCUGACUGAUGUCUUGAGAUGUUGCUUCAAUAUAUCCACAUAAUUUUCCUUCCUCAUGAUGCCAUCUAUUUUGUGAAGCGCACCAGUCCCUCCUGCAGCAAAGCACCCCCACAGCAUGAUGCUGCCACCCCCGUGCUUCACGGUUGGGAUGGUGUUCUUCGGCUUGUAAGCUAUCCCCUUUUUCCUCCAAACAUAACGAUGGUCAUUAUGGCCAAACAGUUCUAUUUUUGUUUCAUCAGACCAGAGGACAUUUCUCCAAAAAGUACGAUCUUUGUCCCCAUGUGCAGUUGCAAACCGUAGUCUGGCUUUUAUAUGGCGGUUUUGGAGCAGUGCUGAUCGCCCUUUCAGGUAUAUUUACUGUGGAUAUAGAUACUUUUGUACCUGUUUCCUCCAGCAUCUUCACAAGGUCAUUUGCUGUUGUUCUGGGAUUGAUUUGCACUUUAAUCUCUAGGAGACAGGACGCGUCUCUUUCCUGAGCAGUAUGAUGUCUGCGUGGUCCCAUGGUGUUUAUACUUGCGUACUAUUGUUUGUACAAAUGAACGUGGUACCUUCAGGCAUUUGGAAAUUGCUCCCAAGGAUGAACCAGACUUGUGGUCUAUAAUUUUUUUUCUGAGGUCUUGGCUCAUUUCUUUUGAUUUUCCCAUGAUGUCAAGCAAAGAGGCACUUAGUUUGAAGGUAGGCCUUGAAAUACAUCCACAGGUACACCUCCUCCAAUUGACUCAAAUUAUGUCAAUUAGGCUAUCAGAAGCUUCUAAAGCCAUGACAUCAUUUUCUGGAAUUUUCCAAGCUGUUUAAAGGCACAGUCAACUUAGUGUAUGGAAACUUCUGACCCACUGGAAUUUUGAUACAGUGAAUUAGAAGUGAAAUAAUCUGUCUGUAAACAACUGUUGGAAAAAUGACUUGUGUCAUGCACAAAGUAGAUGUCCUAACCGACAUGCCAAAACUAUAGUUUGUUAACAAGAAAUUUGUGGAGUGGUUGAAAAACUAGUUUUAAUGACUCCAACCUAAGUGUAUGUAAACUUCCGACUUCAACUGUACGUGGCUAUAAAUGCUAACAGGGAAUGUAUCAUCAAUCUAUUCACAAAUAAGUUCACAUCACUUAUAUAAAAUGCACAAUUACAUGACUGUAAGUGGCCCUGGAUAUGCGUGUUUGCUAAGUGACUAAAAUAAUGGAUGUAAAAUAAUUUUGUUCUCCCGAGUGGCGCAGUGGUCUAAGGCACUGCAUCUCAGUGCUAGCUGUGCCACUAGAGAUCCUGGUUUGAAUCCAGGCUCUGUUGUAGCCGGCCGCGACCGGGAGACCCAUGGGGCGGCGCACAAUUGGCCCAGCGUCGUCCAGGGUAGGGGAGGGAAUGGCCGGCAGGGAUGUAGCUCAGUUGGUAGAGCAUGGUGUUUGCAACGCCAGGGUUGUGGGUUCGAUUCCCAUGGGGGGCCAGUAUGAAACAUAAAAUUAAAAUAAUGUAUGCACUCACUAACUGUAAGUCGCUCUGGAUAAGAGUGUCUGCUAAAUGACUUAGAUGUAAAUGACUUCCAUUUUUUUUUUUUUUUUUUAUGUAGAUGUCAAAUGUAUUUACAGUAAGUGCUUCACCAGUUAGUGGUUAGUUAGUCAAAUCAUAUGCUGUUUCUGUGGUUGCUGCCGCUCAGGCCUCUGUCAGACCCUGAUCAGGCUGUGUGGGAUGGGUAGGGAUGUGGCAGGAGGGCCUUACGUCCUGCGUUCCCUGGCAGCUGUCUGACCCACGAGGGCACUGCCCAACCCAGCCUGGCACAGGAACCCAGCAGGACCCGUCAGUCAAAGGACCACAGAGUCACACAUUACCCAUGACACCACCACCACCCAUCCUCCUGAAAGUCACCAGAGGACUGACACACAGUGAGAUGUGGAAAGUGAUGGGUGAGAUUCUGUCUCGUAAGAGGAAAUAUCAGAGAUGCCAAUCUUCAUUUGCUAACUUUGUCUUCAACUUACUUUUUUUGUAGAAUGGAGAGAGAGAGAAUGAGAGGGAGAGAGAAAAAAAGAGGUCUCCAGUUUCAUGUUUUUAUUGACAUGUGCACAAGUACAGUGAAAUGCCUUUUUUGCUUGCUCUUUCCCAACAGUGCAGCAAUCAAUAUCAAUUGAUACGGGUCAAAAAGAAAGGCUUUUUGCAAGGACAUCAUCAUGUCAUCUAUCUCCAACCAAAUUAUACAUACAGUGCAUUCGGAAAGUACUCAGACCCCUUUACUUUUUCCACAUUUUGUUACGUUACAGGCUUAUUCUAAAAUUGAUUACAUUGAGUUUUUUCGGCAUCAAUCUACACACAAUACCCCAUAAUGACAAAGCGAAAACAGGUUUUUAGAAAAUGUAGCAAAUUUAUAAUAAAUAAAAAACAGAAAUACCUUUUGCUCUGAGACUCGAAAUUGAGCGCUGAUGCAUCCAUUGAUAAUCCUUGGUGUUUCUACAACUUGAUUGGAGUCCACCUGUGGUAAAUUCAAUUGAUUGGACAUGAUUUGGAAAAGCACACACCUGUCUACAGUGGGGAAAAAAAGUAUUUAGUCAACCACCAAUUGUGCAACUUCUCCCACUUAAAAAGAUGAGAGAGGCCUGUAAUUUUUUAUCAUAGGUACACGUCAACUAUGACAGACAAAAUGAGAAAAAAAUAUCAGGAAAAUCACAUUGUAGGAUUUUUUAUGAAUUUAUUUGCAAAUUAUGGUGGAAAAUAAGUAUUUGGUCAAUAACAAAAGUUUCUCAAUACUUUGUUAUAUACCCUUUGUUGGCAAUGACACAGGUCAAAAGUAUUCACAAGGUUUUCACACACUGUUGCUGGUAUUUUGGCCUAUUCCUCCAUGCAGAUCUCCUCUAGAGCAGUGAUGUUUUGGGGCUGUCGCUGGGCAACACGGACUUUCAACUCCCUCCAAAGAUUUUCUAUGGGGUUGAGAUCUGGAGACUGGCUAGGCCACUCCAGGACCUUGAAAUGCUUCUUACGAAGCCACUCCUUCGUUGCCCGGGCGGUGUGUUUGGGAUCAUUGUCAUGCUGAAAGACCCAGCCACGUUUCAUCUUCAAUGCCCUUGCUGAUGGAAGGAGGUUUUCACUCAAAAUCUCACGAUACAUGGCCCCAUUCAUUCUUUCCUUUACACGGAUCAGUCGUCCUGGUCCCUUUGCAGAAAAACAGCCCCAAAGCAUGAUGUUUCCACCCCCAUGCUUCACAGUAGGUAUGGUGUUCUUUGGAUGCAACUCAGCAUUCUUUGUCCUCCAAACACGACGAGUUGAGUUUUUACCAUCUGACCAUAUGACAUUCUCCCAAUCCUCUUCUGGAUCAUCCAAAUGCACUCUAGCAAACUACAGACGGGCCGGGCAUGUACUGGCUUAAGCAGGGGGACAUGUCUUGCACUGCAGGAUUUGAGUCCCUGGCGGCGUAGUGUGUUACUGAUGGUAGGCUUUGUUACUUUGGUCCCAGCUCUCUGCAGGUCAUUCACUAGGUCCCCCCGUGUGGUUCUGGGAUUUUUGCUCACCGUUCUUGUGAUCAUUUUGACCCCACGGGGUGAGAUCUUGCGUGGAGCCCCAGAUCGAGGGAGAUUAUCAGUGGUCUUGUAUGUCUUCCAUUUCCUAAGAAUUGCUCCCACAGUUGAUUGCUUCAAACCAAGCUGCUUACCUAUUGCAGAUUCAGUCUUCCCAGCCUGGUGCUGGUCUACAAUUUUGUUUCUGGUGUCCUUUGACAGCUCUUUGGUCUUGGCCAUAGUGGAGUUUGGAGUGUGACUGUUUGAGGUUGUGGACAGGUGUCUUUUAUACUGAUAACAAGUUCAAACAGGUGCCAUUAAUACAGGUAACGAGUGGAGGACAGAGGAGCCUCUUAAAGAAGAAGUUACAGGUCUGUGAGAGCCAGAAAUCUUGCUUGUUUGUAGGUGACCAAAUACUUUUUUUCCACCAUAAUUUGCAAAUAAAUUCAUAAAAAAUCCUACAAUGUGAUUUUCUGGAUUUUCUUUUCUCAAUUUGUCUGUCAUAGUUGACGUGUACCUAUGAUGAAAAUUACAGGCCUCUCUCGUCUUUUUAAGUGGGAGAACUUGCACAAUUGGUGGCUGACUAAAUACUUUUUUUCCCCACUGUAUAUUAAGUCCCACAGUUGACAGUGCAUGUCAGAGCAAAAAACAAGCCAUGAGGUUGAAGGAAUUAUCCGUAGAGCUCCGAGACAGGUUUGUGUCGAGGCACAGAUAUGGGGAAGGGUACCAAAAAUGUUCUGCAGCAUUGAAGGUCCCCAAGAACACAGUGGCCUCCAUCAUUAUUAAAUGGAAGAAGUUUAGAACCACCAAGACUCUUCCUAGAUCUGGCCGCCCGGCCAAACUGAGCAAUCGGGGGAGAAGGGCCUUGGUCAGGGAGGUGACCUAGAACCCGAUGAACACUCUGACAGAGCUCCAGAGAUCCUCUGUAGAGAUGGGAGAACCUUCCAGAAGGACAACCAUCUUCGCAGCACUCUACUAAUCAGGCCUUUUAUGGUAGAGUGGCCAGAUGGAAGCCACUCCUCAGUAAAAGCACAUGACAGCCCCUUUGGAGUUUGCCAAAAGGCACCUAAAGGACUCUCAGACCAUGAGAAACAAGAUUCUCUGGUCUGAUGAAACCAAGAUUGCCAAGCAUCACGUCUGGAGGAAACCUGGCACAAUCCCUAUGGUAAAGCAUGGUGGUGGCAGCAUCAUGCUGUGCAGAUGUUUUUCAGUGGCAGUAACUGGGAGACAAGUCAGGAUCGAGGGAAAUAUGAACGGAGCAAAGUACAGAGAGAUCCUUGAUGAAAACCUGUUCCUGAGCGCUUAGGACCGCAGACUGGUGCGAAGGUUCACCUUCCAACAGGACAACGACCCUAAGCACACAGCCAAGACAACGCAGGAGUGGCUUCGGGACAAGUUUCUGAAUGCCCUUGAGUGGCCCAGCCAGAGCCCGGACUUGAACCUGAUUUAACAUCUCUGGAGAGACCUGAAAAUAGCUGUGCAGCGACGCUCCUCAUCCAACCUGACAGAGCUUGAAAGGAUCUGCAGAGAAGAAUGGGAGAAACUCCCCAAAUACAGGUGUGCUAAGCUUGUAGCGUCAUACCCAAGAACACUCAAGGCUGUAAUCGCUGCCAAAGGUGCUUCAACAAAGUACUGAGUAAAGGAUCUGAAAACUUAUGUAAAUGUAAUAUUUCCGUUUGUUAUUUGUAAUACAUUUGCAAAAAUUUAUAAAAACCAGUUUUUGCUUUGUCAUUAUGGGGUAUUGUGUGUAGAUUGAUGAGGGGAAAAAUCGAUUUAAUCCAUUUUAGAAUAAGGCUGUAACGUAACAAAAUGUGGAAAAAUUCAAGGGGUCUGAAUACUUUUCCGAAUGCAUAGGAUCCUAAUUUGAGCCAUUUUGCUACAGCAGGAAAAUAAUCCUGCAGCAACAGAAAAUCUGAAUUAUUAUGUGGAUUAUAAUUCAUGGACAUUUUUGUAGGGGUUGAUGCAUUUUUCAUAAGGGAAAAUGAAGUCUGAAAUUUCUAACUGUAAAUUACCAACUUCAGAAGCUGUUUUAGACCUCAGAUACACUACAAGUUUAAAAUGUUGUGGAUUGCAGGUUGAUCAAAUUAAGAUCCUACAUCUGUACAACAGACAAUGACCUUGUUUGUUUGGCCUGCUGGUGAGAGGAGAGCAGGAGGAAAUGUAUGACUGUCAUUGACUGGAGGCACAGGGAGACCACCGGGUCUCCUCUUCGACCUGCUACGUUCGUCAAGAAACCAAGGCAACAAUUCACAUGUAAUUAGCCAGCCCCUCGUUAAGGCCUGACCUUAAAUCCACACGGCAAUAAUAUCCCUUAAAGUGCACACAUGCACACAAACACAUACACACACACACCAUUAUUACAUAACAGGGCGAAAUAUUUUUUCCCUUUUUUUUAUAAACAUUUAUCAAAGAAUUAAAGUUUGGGGAGAGAGGAAGAUUAAUAUUGGGCAAAAGCAAGCCAGCAAAAAAACGACACUAGUGGAAUUUAAUGAGUUUUGAGGUGUCCGGGGAGUCCGUGGCUCGCGCCGGCGUGCUAAUUACACUCUGUAACUAACAGAGAGCGAGACAAAUGCGAUGUGGAAGACAAAGGCGAGGAGCAGUCGUCCACCAAGCAAGAGGAAACAAAAGUGCUGCAUAGACAAACCACACAUUCUAAUCCACAUGGAGACACCCAGAGAGGAGAGGAGGUGGACUACUCAUUGUUCACUUCCUGUGUUGUGUGUUCUCUUUAACACCCCCAUGCUAAUAGAUCAGCGAUGAGAUGCACACUAGGACGAUGAGACGUACAUGCGGUUUGAACGAGACGUACACCCAGUGCCGAUGAGACGUACACAGUGAUAGGGAGGGAACCUGACAAAGAGCUCUCUAUUAGCCUUGGAACACGUGAUAGAAACAAGUACCAGGAAAUGUUGUUUUGUAAAAGGGUCAAUGAGUGGGAGUCAGGAGAUAAUUGAAUCAACCUUUUGGUGACUUCCCGUUGUCACGGCUCUUUAGCUGGGUAAACAAACACACUGACUGACACGUAAACACCCCACCUCCCUGUGGACUCGACACUGCUACACUGCCCCCUGCUGGUGAGGAGGACAACUGAGGCGCAGGACCCUGUCGUUCAGUGGAACUGACAAGGGCCCUGUUUGCUUCCAGUGUGUCUCUCUUUCAUUAAGUCCCCAUCACCUGCAGGGAAUCCAUACACUGCGUCCCACGCCUCAGUGGCCACACAACAGUACAUAAACCGAAGACAAUCAGACCGACUUUCAAGUGUGACUUUCAACAGAAUGAAACCUGCCUGGGUUGUUGCCCUCCCUCGCCAACUUGGGAGGAAAUAUGCUUUUGGCAGGGUUUAUAUUAUACUUGCCCUCGUACGGAGAGAUUCUAACCUUUAAUAUUCUGGCCUCGUAUCAGCAAGUGUGUAUAUCCAGUUUUCAUCAUUCGAUGUACAGAUAUUACACCCUUGGUGUAUUUCGAGUUUUCAUCAUACGAUGUGUAGAUAUCAAACCCCUAGUCCCUCUAGUCUGCUGCCUGAAAUCUGUAUGCAUACAGUGACUGUGAUACCACGUGUGCUUGCAUGUCAAAUGAGUGGAUUAAAUCUCCAUGAAUUAGAUCAAUUAAUUCAAUUGAGCUCAUGUAUACAGUGAGGGAAAAAAGUAUUUGAUCCCCUGCUGAUUUUGUACGUUAAAGCUGGAAUGGGCUACAAGACCAUCGCCAAGCAGCUUGGUGAGAAGGUGACAACAGUUGGUGCGAUUAUUCGCAAAUGGAAGAAACACUAAAGAACUGUCAAUCUCCCUCGGCCUGGGGUGCCAUGCAAGAUCUCACCUCGUGGAGUUGCAACGAUCAUGGGAACGGUGAGGAAUCAGCCCAGAACUACACGGGAGGAUCUUGUCAAUGAUCUCAAGGCAGCUGGGACCAUAGUCACCAAGAAAACAAUUGGUAACACACCACGCCGUGAAGGACUGAAAUCCUGCAGCGCCCGCAAGGUCCCCCUGCUCAAGAAAGCACAUAUACAGGCCCGUCUGAAGUUUGCCAAUGAACAUCUGAAUGAUUCAGAGGAGAACUGGGUGAAAGUGUUGUGGUCAGAUGAGACCAAAAUCGAGCUCUUUGGCAUCAACUCAACUCGCCGUGUUUGUAGGAGGAGGAAUGCUGCUUAUGACCCCAAGAACACCAUCCCCACCGUCAAACAUGGAGGUGGAAACAUUAUGCUUUAGGGGUGUUUUUCUGCUAAGGGGACAGGACAACUUCACCGCAUCAAAGGGACGAUGGACGGGGCCAUGUACCGUCAAAUCUUGGGUGAGAACCUCCUUCUCUCAGCCAGGGCAUUGAAAAUGGGUCGUGGAUGGGUAUUCCAGCAUGACAAUGACCCAAAACACACGGCCAAGGCAACAAAGGAGUGGCUCAAGAAGAAGCACAUUAAUGUCCUGGAGUGGCCUAGCCAGUCUCCAGACCUUAAUCCCAUAGAAAAUCUGUGGAGGGAGCUGAAGGUUCGAGUUGCCAAACAUCAGCCUCAAAACCUUAAUGACUUGGAGAAGAUCUGCAAAGAGGAGUGGAACAAAAUCCCUCCUGAAAUGUGUGCAAACCUGGUGGCCAAGUACGAGAAACGUCUGACCUCUGUGAUUGCCAACAAGGGUUUUGCCACCAAGUACUAAGUCAUGUUUUGCAGAGGGGUCAAAUACUUAUUUCCCUCAUUAAAAUGCAAAUCAAUUUAUAACAUUUUUGACAUGCGUUUUUCUGGAUUUUGUUGUUGUUAUUCAGUCUCUCACUGUUCAAAUAAACCUACCAUUAAAAUUAUAGACUGAUCAUGUCUUUGUCAGUGGGCAAACUUACAAAAUCAGCAGGGGAUCAAAUACUUUUUUCCCUCACUGUAUGUAGUGUGUUUAGGUAAUUGAAAUCAUGCCUUUACCUGACAUGCUGCCUGAACAUUUUGCCAACAUACGACAACACUCAAACCUUUUGUGUGUGUGUGUGUGUGUGUGUGUGUGUGUGUGUUUGCCUCACUGUGUUUCAAGGAAUCCUGGCUAUUUUAUUAAUGCCAGGACAACAGAAUGCGUGACUGCAUGACUGCACCGGCCCUCUUCUGCUCUCCUCUCCCCCUCUGUCUCGUGUUCACCUCUUCCAGUGGAUUUUCCGUGCGGAAAAGCCCUGUAGCCCCGUUUGCAUUCCUUUCCAACUAAGCCGGGCAUCAUCUGAUUCCAAUUAGUGUAAUUAUAGCAGCGGGGGAUGUGGGGGCGUUGCGCUGCCUGCACAAAUGCAGCUAGCACAUAGCAGUCACAUGAGGCCAUACCACUGGAAACAACAACAACACAACAACCACAAUUUCUGUUAGGCUGUAUGCUAUAGCAGUAAUGGUAGAGAGACAACGGGAAAGGCACUUGACAGGGUGUGGUGAAAAAGUAUGCUAUCGGCGUUGAUCGUUAUCCCUUUAUCUUUGUGUUGGGUCUUGUAAAUGGACAUGGUGUCACCAGUCAUGGUUGACACCUGUAUCCCCCAAAGCCUCCUCUGAUGUCAUCACACGGUGACACAAUCCCUCAUGUCUGCUGCCAGGUUGCGAGUCAUGGUGCUGUCACAGCCCAGUGCCCAUGAAGAGAUGCUGAGUACCAGGAUGCCAACAUUUACUGUACUACCGGGUACAGUAAAGCAGGUUGACGUUUUUUAGGAUGAAUGAUCUGGUGGCAGCCUCCGAGGUCCUAAACACUGCUGGUUUGCCAGUUGACCAACUUUAGCAAUUCUCCUCAUUCUUAAUCCCAUUGUCCAAGUCAAGAGAUUUAUAGUGUGACUCUACAAGGCAAAUCAAGAGAAGAAUAUUAUAGAAGUAUUUUACAAGUAUUCACACGGGGUGAAACAUUACAAAUGACCAUUUGCUAGGUUUUUGCGCAGCAGCGUAAUAUGACCAGUUUUCUCCACACGUUGUGGUGGAGAUGAAAGGCCGAUUCAAGUGCUGUCUUCAAACAGCAGGCCUUGUUAAUGAUGCACACACACUUGAAUUAAGACCUCAUUAGAUGUUGCCAUGAUAAAGGAUUGAUGAGUUCACAUUUUCUAACAAAGGCUUAUUAACUGAAGAAUUUAUAGACUGUGUAUAACAGUGAAAUGCUUACUUACGGGCCCAUUCCAACAAUGCUGAGAAAAAAAAAGAGAAAUAGUAGACAACAUUUAAAAUAGAAAAAAUUAUAUGUGUGGAGUAAGUGAGAGCAGUAUUUGAUAUGUAAACAGUGGUAUAUCAUGUGCAUCAAGAAAGCUAUGUGGAGGCUUGGCAUAAAAUGUUCAGUGUAGUCGGGCCAAUGUUCAGUGUGUCUGGUGGAUCGAUUAGAACCUUAGAUGUAUGUAACUCAUAACUAAUUGAAUGCCAAUAUUCCAAUUUGUGGAGUAUAUGUGCAAUUCAAAAUAGAGAUCACUUCACUCUUCAAGACAAUUGUAAAUUGUUGCCAAAGUGUGUGACAUCACAAUGAAAUGGGGACAGUCUCACCACUCUCCUCCUUGACCCCUGACCUCAGUUCAAAAUUACAUCACUUAAUGGGCAUCCAUCCAAACCUCCCCUCUAUCCUUCACUGAGGACCAGAGGUCCCUAAUUAUGUCUCUUAUACACACUGUGAUCUGGACGUUCACCUCCUAUCUCCCAUCUUCGUCAUGACCAAUUUGUCUAGAUGCUUUAAUGUUGGAGGGCCGCUAAACGAGAGCCCUUCCGUCAUGCAUGUCUUCCCUCCCGCUCACAAACACACACACACACACACACACACACGCACGCACGCACGCACGCACGCACGCACGCACGCACGCACGCACGCACGCACGCACGCACCACACACACACACACACACACACACACACACACACACACACACACACACACACACACACACACACACACACACACACACACACACACACACACACACACACACACACACACACACACACACACACACACACACACACAAACCCACCCACCCACCCACAGCGAGCUGUUGUUGAGACAUGGGGAGAUCUCAGUGAGACACAAGGGUGGGUCGUUAGUUUGUUAGUUCACUCAGUGUAUCAUCAGUGUCCAUGACAAGCACAUUAUCUAUCUCCUCCAGCCUCUAACAGCACCACUUCUCUUACAGGCCAUUUAGAUGCUAAUUAGACUGUUACAAGCAGCCGUCCAGCCCCUCAACAUAGGUCAUCUGGUGCUAUUGAGCCAAUGAGACACUACAGUCAUACAGCAACAAUGAUCUCCUGCUGGUCUGACUCUGUCUGAAGGAAUGUGGCGCUUUGAGGUGAACACAGGGAAAUUGCAAAUAAGUAUUUGUUUUGUCAAUUUGGUGUGUUAUCACGAUUUAUACAGAUAGGAUUGACUCUGAUUCCGUCAUCGGUCUUGGGUCUGUAUUGACAGUUAUGGGCAUCCACUUUGGAAAAAUCCUCUGGGUCCACUUUUAACAUUUUGUUAUAUACAUAUUUUACCCAAAUAAAUUCAUAAAUUAUAACUGUGACGGAGGCGCAGGAGUGUAAAGAAGGAAUAUGCUUUAUUCAGCCCAAGGUAGUCCGCAGCAAUGCGUAAACACGAUCCCAGUGCGACUUAAAUGCGUACUGGGAACCAAACAUACACGGGUAAAUAUUCCAGGUGAUAAAAUAACAAAAGGCUCAACAGAGCUAGCGAUACCUCCACAAAGUAACAAUCACACACAAAGACAAGGGGGAGCAGAGGGAACACUUAUACAGGUACUGAUGAGGGGAUAUGAACCAGGUGUGUGUAAUAAACAUGACAAAAUAAAUGGAAUGAUGAGAUGAGGAACGGCAGUGACUAGAAGGCCGGUGAUGACGAACGCCGAAGCCUGCCCGAACAAGGAGAGGAGGCAGCUUCGGAGGAAGUCGUGACAGUGACAAAAGAAAAACGAAUUGUUUUAUAAAUGUCAUAGGUUCUAUAUACAGUUGAAGUCGGAAGUUUACAUACACCUUAGCCAAAUACAUUUAAAACUCUGUUUUUCACAAUUCCUGACAUUUAAUCAGAGUAAAAAUUCCCUGUCUUAGGUCAGUUAGGAUCACCACUUUAUUUUAAGAAUGUGAAAUGUCAGAAUAGUAGUACAGAGAAAGAUUUAUUUAAGCUUUUAUUUCUUUCAUCACAUUCCCAGUGGGUCAGAAGUUUACAUACAAUCAAUUAGUAUUUGGUAGCAUUGCCUUUAAAUUGUUUAACUUGGGUCAAACGUUUCGGGUAGCCUUCCACAAGCUUCCCACAAUAAGUUGGGUGAGUUUUGGCCCAUUCCUCCUGACAGAGCUGGUGUAACUGAGUCAGGUUUGUAGGCCUCCUUGCUCGCACACGCUUUUUCAGUUCUGCCCACAAAUGUUCUAUAGGAUUGAGGUCAGGGCUUUGUGAUGGCCACUCCAAUACCUUGACUUUGUUGUCCUUAAGCCAUUUUGCCACAACUUUGGAAGUAUGCUUGGGGUCAUUGAACAUUUGGAAGACCCAUUGGCGACCAAGCUUUAACUUCCUGACUGAUGUCUUGAGAUGUUGCUUCAAUAUAUCCACAUAAUGUUCCUUCCUCAUGAUGCCAUUCUUUUUUGUAAAGUGCACCAGUCUCUCCUGCAGCAAAGCACCCCCACAGCAUGAUGCUGCCACCCCCGGGCUUCACGGUUGGGAUGGUGUUCUUGGGCUUGCAAGCUAUCCCCUUUUUCCUCCAAACAUAACGAUGGUCAUUAUGGCCAAACAGUUCUAUUUUUGUUUCAUCAGACCAGAGGACAUUUCUCCAAAAAGUACGAUCUUUGUCCCCAUGUGCAGUGGCAAACCGUAGUCUGGCUUUUAUAUGGCAGUUUUGGAGCAAUGGCUUCUUCCUUGCUGAGCGGCCUUUCAGGUUAUGUCGAUGGUUAAACGUCACUAUUCUUUACAUACUGUAUUCUAAUGCAACCAUGUUGCAGAAUAACCUCUUACUGUGUGCCCGUUACAAAAAAUACAUUUUGGUAGCAGAAGUACCCCUUGUGUGUAUGUGUGUGCAUGUGUGUGAGUUGACUAAGUUUGCCUUCCGCCCUUCAGUAAACAGUGAAGUUCCCUGACCCAUAAUAAUAAUAAUAUAAUAUGCCAUUUAGCAGAUGCUUUUAUCCAAAGCGACUUACAGUCAUGCGUGCAUACAUUUUUGUGUAUGGGUGGUCCCGGGGAUCGAACCCACUACCUUGGCGUUACAAGCACCGUGCUCUACCAGCUGAGCUACAGAGGACCACAUUCUUAACCAGCUGAGUCUUGGGGUCCACGUUCUUAACAUAGCCAUGUGCUGGCAGACCGGCCAGCAGAGGGGUCUUACAGACAAACGCUUUGAAGUCAGUAAUGUCCGCUGAUGCGGAUCAUUUGACUCAUCCAUAGUGGAGACGGCAUGCAUGGUGACUUUAUGUGCCUCGGACCCCAUCCGGCGCUGCUCCAAGGGGAAUGUGCAGUAAAGCACUGGAAGCACUGUAAAAGGGGAAACCAAGCUGGACGCACAUCCCCUUUGGGGGUUUGUGAGGACAGGGGUCACCCCAUUUGUGGUUUAUGGGGUCCUUGUGAGCCUGAGAACCAUGGGUCUGCACCUCGAUGGAGAACCUCAGGAGACCUUAAAGGAAAAUUCCACCUAAAAACUAUCUUUUGGUUUUUGUUUCAUUAGUCCAUUGUUGAUAUAGUCCCAAAAUGUUUUGCAUGUCAGCAAUCAGUUUUCAAGUUAUAUAACUUUUAAGAUAUAUAACUUUUAAAAUACAGAAAUACAGCCGGUAUGAUGCAUUUUGCAUCAAAGGUGAAGGUCGAGAGCCAUGCGUCCUCCAAAACACGACCCUGCCAAGCUGCACUGCUUCUUGACACACUGCUCGCUUAACCCGGAAGCCAGCCGCACCAAUGUGUCGGAGGAAACACUGUCCAGCUGGCGACCGAAGUCGGAUGGGUUCCGCUGGUGUACAGCAAUCUUUAAGUCAUACCACAGAUUCUCAAUUGGAUUGAGGUCUGGGCUUUGACUAGGCCAUUCCAAGACAUUUAAAUGUUUCCCCUUAAACCACUCAAGUGUUGUUUUAGCAUUAUGCUUAAGGUCAUCAACCUGCUGGAAGGUGAACCUCCGUCCUAGUCUCAAAUCUCUGGAAGACUGAAACAGGUUUCACUCAAGAAUUUCCCUGUAUUUAGCGCCAUCCAUCAUUCCUUCAAUUCUAACCAGUUUUCCAGUCCCUUCAGAUGAAAAACAUCCCCACAGCAUGAUGCUGCCACCACCAUGCUUCACCGUGGGGAUGGUGUCCUCGGGGUGUUGAGAGGUGUUGGGUUUGUGCCAGACAUAGCGUUUUCCUUGAUGGGCAAAAAGCUCAAUUUUAGUCUCAUCUGACCAGAGUACCUUCUUCCAUAUGUUUGGGGAGUCUCCCACAUGUCUUUUGGCGAACAACAAAUGUGUUUGCUUAUUUUUUUCUUUAAGAAAUUGCUUUUUUCUGGCCACUCUUCCGUAAAGCCCAGCUCUGUGGAGUGUACGGCUUAAAGUGGUCCUAUGGACAGAUACUCCAAUCUCCGCUGUGGAGCUUUGCAGCUCCUUCAGGGUUAUCUUUGGUCUCUUUGUUGCCUCUCUGAUUAAUGCCCUCCUUGCCUGGUCCGUGAGUUUUGGUGGGCGGCCCUCUCUUGGCAGGUUUGUUGUGGUGCCAUAUUCUUUCAAUUUUUUUAUAAUGGAUUUAAUGGCCCUCCGUGGGAUGUUCAACGUUUCUGAUAUUUUUUUAUAACCCAACCCUGAUCUGUACUUCUCCACAACUUUGUCCCUGACCUGGAGAGCUCCUUGGUCUUCAUGGUACCGCUUGCUUGGUGGUGCCCCUUGCUUAGUGGUGUUGCAGACUCUGGGGCCUUUCAGAACAAGUGUAUAUAUACUGAGAUCAUGUGACAGAUCAUGUGACACUUAGAUUGCACACAGGUGGACUUUAUUUAACUAAUUAUGUGACUUCUGAAGGUAAUUGGUUGCACCAGAUCUUAUUUAGGGGCUUCCUAGCAAAGGGGGUGAAUACAUACAGUGGGGGAAAAAAGUAUUUAGUCAGCCACCAAUUGUGCAAGUUCUCCCACUUGAUUUCUCCCCAAAGAUGAGAGAGGCCUGUAAUUUUCAUCAUAGGUACACGUCAACUAUGACAGACAAAUUGAGAAAAAUAAAUCCAGAAAAUCACAUUGUAGGAUUAUUAAUGAAUUCAUUUGCAAAUUAUGGUGGAAAAUAAGUAUUUGGUCACCUACAAACAAGCAAGAUUUCUGGCUCUCACAGACCUGUAACUUCUUCUUUAAGAGGCUCCUCUGUCCUCCACUCGUUACCUGUAUUAAUGGCACCUGUUUGAACUUGUUAUCAGUAUAAAAGACACCUGUCCGCAACCUCAAACAGUCACACUCCAAACUCCACUAUGGCCAAGACCAAAGAGCUGUCAAAGGACACCAGAAACAAAAUGGUAGACCUGCACCAGGCUGGGAAGACUGAAUCAGCAAUAGGUAAGCAGCUUGGUUUGAAGAAAUCAACUGUGGGAGCAAUUAUUAGGAAAUGGAAGACAUACAAGACCACUGAUAAUCUCCCUCGAUCUGGGGCUCCACGCAAGAUCUCACCCUGUGGGGUCAAAAUGAUCACAAGAACGGUGAGCAAAAAUCCCAGAACCACACGGGGGGACCUAGUGAAUGACCUGCAGAGAGCUGGGACCAAAGUAACAAAGCCUACCAUCAGUAACACACUACUCCGCCAGGGACUCAAAUCCUGCAUUGCCAGACGUGUCCCCCUGCUUAAGCCAGUACAUGUCCAGGCCCGUCUGAAGUUUGGGAGAAUGUCAUAUGGUCAGAUGAAACCAAAAUAGAACUUUUUGGUAAAAACUCAACUCGUCGUGUUUGGAGGACAAAGAAUGCUGAGUUGCAUCCAAAGAACACCAUACCUACUGUGAAGCAUGGGGGUGGAAACAUCAUGCUUUGGGGCUGUUUUUCUGCAAAGGGACCAGGACGACUGAUCCGUGUAAAGGAAAGAAUGAAUGGGGCCAUGUAUCGUGAGAUUUUGAGUGAAAACCUCCUUCCAUCAGCAAGGGCAUUGAAGAUGAAACGUGGCUGGGUCUUUCAGCAUGACAAUGAUCCCAAACACACCGCCCGGGCAACGAAGGAGUGGCUUCGUAAGAAGCAUUUCAAUGUCCUGGAGUGGCCUAGCCAGUCUCCAGAUCUCAACCCCAUAGAAAAUCUUUGGAGGGAGUUGAAAGUCUGUGUUGCCCAGCGACAGCCCCAAAACAUCACUGCUCUAGAGGAGAUCUGCAUGGAGGAAUGGGCCAAAAUACCAGCAACAGUGUGUGAAAACCUUGUGAAGACUUACAGAAAACGUUUGACCUGUGUCAUUGCCAACAAAGGGUAUAUAACAAAGUAUUGAGAAACUUUUGUUAUUGACCAAAUACUUAUUUUCCACCAUAAUUUGCAAAUAAAUUCAUUAAAAAUCCUACAAUGUGAUUUUCUGGAUUUUUUUUCUCAUUUUGUCUGUCAUUGUUGACGUGUACCUAUGAUGAAAAUUACAGGCCUCUCUCAUCUUUUUAAGUGGGAGAACUUGCACAAUUGGUGGCUGACUAAAUACUUUUUUCCCCCACUGUAUGCAUGCACCACUUUUCCGUUAUUUAUUUUUUUGAAUUUUUUGAAACAAGUUAUUUUUUUCAUUUCACUUCACCAAUUUGGACUAUUUUGUGUAUGUCCAUUACAUGAAAUCCAAAUAAAAAUCCAUUUAAAUUACAGGUUGUAAUGCGACAAAAUAGGAAAAACGCCAAGGGGAAUGAAUACUUUUGCAAGGCGCUGUAAUUCUGCUUUGAAAGUUGACAAACUUGUAACCCCACCUUUGAGAAAAUGGCCCUUGAAUGUUUUUGUACACCUACUGGAGAGCUCUUCUUUGUCUACACCCAUUCAGCAUGGUUCACACCCUCUUAAGACUUAGCCCCACCCAUCUCUUUAAGGAUUCACAUGAGGCCAUUUCAAGACUAAAAGUGGUGAAAUUGUAGCACAAUACACUUUAUCUAGUCCUUGGCCUAGAUCCUAAUCUGACUUUGGUGCAGGUCAUGUUGUUCUUCACAUUACCGUCUCUGGUAAGCACACACCAUAUCAAAUAAAAUCCAUGUUUAUUUGUCACAUGCACAGCAAUAGAGAAGUUGUAAACGGUACAGUGAAAUGGUUACUUGCAUAUUUGCAUAGUAGCAAUAUCAAAAAUAGAAAGGGUCUAGAUAAAUAUUUUAUAAAUAUUUUAUAAUUAUUAGAUAAUUCUUACCCAGACACACUUGUCUAAAUUGAUGGGUAAUGUGAAAGAAAUGCUAUAACCACCCCCCAGCCACAUCUAGCUAAGUGAAUGGGUCACUGUUGUCAGACCCCUUGACUUUUUCCACAUUUUGUUACGUUACAGCCUUAUUCUAAAAUGUAUUAAAUCGUUUUUUCCCCCUCAUCAAUCUACACACAAUACCCCAUAAUGACAAAGCAAAAUAAGUUUAUUUUUAAUUUAUAAAAAAUAAAAACAGAAAUAUCACAUUUACAUAAGUAUUCAGAUCCUUUACUCAGUACGUUGUUGAAGCACCUUUGGCAGUGAUUACUGCCUCAAGUCUUCUUGGGUAUGACACUACAAGCUUGGCACACCUGUACAGUGGGGGAAAAAAGUAUUUAGUCAGCCACCAAUUGUGCAAGUUCUCCCACUUAAAAAGAUGAGAGAGGCCUGUAAUUUUCAUCAUAGGUACACGUCAACUAUGACAGACAAAAUGAGAAAAAAAAAUCCAGAAAAUCACAUUGUAGGAUUUUUAAUGAAUUUAUUUGCAAAUUAUGGUGGAAAAUAAGUAUUUGGUCAAUAACAAAAGUUUCUCAAUACUUUGAUAUAUACCCUUUGUUGGCAAUGACUCAGGUCAAACAUUUUCUGUAAGUCUUCACAAGGUUUUCACACACUGUUGCUGGUAUUUUGGCCCAUUCCUCCAUGCAGAUCUCCUCUAGAGCAGUGAUGUUUUGGGGCUGUCGCUGGGCAACACGGACUUUCAACUCCCUCCAAAGAUUUUCUAUGGGGUUGAGAUCUGGAGACUGGCUAGGCCACUCCAGGACCUUGAAAUGCUUCUUACGAAGCCACUCCUUCGUUGCCCGGGCGGUGUGUUUGGGAGCAUUGUCAUGCUGAAAGACCCAGCCACGUUUCAUCUUCAAUGCCCUUGCUGAUGGAAGGAGGUUUUCACUCAAAAUCUCACGAUACAUGGCCCCAUUCAUUCUUUCCUUUACACAGAUCAGUCGUCCUGGUCCCUUUGCAGAAAAACAGCCCCAAAGCAUAAUGUUUCCACCCCCAUGCUUUACAGUAGGUAUGGUGUUCUUUGGAUGCAACUCAGCAUUCUUUGUCCUCCAAACACGACGAGUUGAGUUUUUACCAAAAAGUUAUAUUUUGGUUUCAUCUGACCAUAUGACAUUCUCCCAAUCCUCUUCUGGAUCAUCCAAAUGCACUCUAGCAAACUUCAGACAGGCCUGGACAUGUACUGGCUUAAGCAGGGGGACACGUCUGGCACUGCAGGAUUUGAGUCCCUGGCGGCGUAGUGUGUUACUGAUGGUAGGCUUUGUUACUUUGGUCCCAGCUCUCUGCAGUUCAUUCACUAGGUCCCCCCGUGUGGAUCUGUGGUUGUGAUCAUUUUGACCCCACGGGGUGAGAUCUUGCGUGGAGCCCCAGAUCGAGGGAGAUUAUCAGUGGUCUUGUAUGUCUUCCAUUUCCUAAUAAUUGCUUCCACAGUUGAUUUCUUCAAACCAAGCUGCUUACCUAUUGCAGAUUCAGUCUUCCCAGCCUGGUGCAGGUCUACAAUUUUGUUUCUGGUGUCCUUUGACAGCUCUUUGGUCUUGGCCAUAGUGGAGUUUGGAGUGUGACUGUUUGAGGUUGUGGACAGGUGUCUUUUAUACUGAUAACAAGUUCAAACAGGUGCCAUUAAUACAGGUAACGAGUGGAGGACAGAGGAGCCUCUUAAAGAAGAAGUUACAGGUCUGUGACAGCCAGAAAUCUUGCUUGUUUGUAGGUGACCAAAUACUUAUUUUCCACCAUAAUUUGCAAAUAAAUUCAUUAAAAAUCCUACAAUGUGAUUUUCUGGAUUUUUUUUCUCAAUUUGUCUGUCAUAGUUGACGUGUACCUAUGAUGAAAAUUACAGGCCUCUCUCAUCUUUUUAAGUGGGAGAACUUGCACAAUUGGUGGCUGGCUAAAUACUUUUUUCCCCCACUGUAUUUGGGGAGUUUCUCCCAUUCUUCUCUGCAGGUCCUCUCAAGCUCUGUCAGGUUGACUGGGGAGCGUCGCUGCACAGCUAUUUUCGGGUCUCUCCAGAGAUAUUCGAUCGGGUUCAAGUCCAGGCUCUGGCUGGGCCACUCAAGGACAUUCAGAGACUUGUCCCGAAGCCACUCCUGUUUUGUCUUGGCUGUGGGCUUAGGGUCGUUGUCCUGUUGGAAGGUGAACCUUUGCCCUAGUCUGAGGGCCUGAGCGCUCUGGAACAGGUUUUCAUCAAGGAUCUCUCUGUACUUUGCUCCGUUCAUCUUUCCCUCGAUCCUGACUAGUCUCCCAGUCUCUGCCGCUGAAAAACGUCCCCACAGCAUGAUGCUGCCACCACCAUGCUUCACCGUAGGGAAGGUGCCAGGUUUCCUCCAGAUGUGACACUUGGGAUUCAGGCCAAAGAGUUCAAUCUUGGUUUCAUCAGACCAGAAAAUCUUGUUUCUCAUGGUCUGGGAGUCCUUUAGGUACCUUAUAGCAAACUCCAAGCAGGCUGUCGUGCCUUUUACUGAGGAGUGUCUUCCGUCUGGCCACUAUACCAUAAAAGGCCUGAUUGGUGGAGUGCUGCAGAGAUGGUUGUUCUUCUGAAAGGUUCUUCCAUCUUUACAGAGGAGCUCUGGAGUUCUGUCAGAGUGACCAUCGGGUUCUUGGUUAUCACCCUGACCAAGGCCCUUCUCCCCCGAUUGCUCAGUUUGGCCAGGUGGCCAGCUCUAGGAAGAGUCUUGGUGGUUCCAAACUUCUUCCAUUUAAGAAUGAUGGAGGCCACUCUGUUCUUGGGGACCUUCAAUGCUGCAGAUAUUUUUUGGUACCCUUCCCCAGAUCUGUGCCUCGACACAAUCCUGUCUCGGAGCUCUACGGACAGUUCCUUUGACCUCAUGGCUUGGUUUUGCUCUGAAAUGCACUGUCAACUGUGGGACCUUAUAUAGACAGGUGUGUGCCUUUCCAAAUCAUGUCCAAUCAAUAGAAUAUACCACAGGUGGACUCCAAUCAAGUUGUAGAAACAUCUCAAGGAUGAUCAAUGGAAACAAGAUGCACCUGAGCUCAAUUUCGUGUCUCAUAACAAAGGGUCUGAAUACUUAUGUAAAUAAGGUAUUUAUGUUUUUUAUUUUCUAUAAAAUUGCAAAAGAAAUCUAAAAACCUGUUUUUGCUUUGUCAUUAUGGGGUAUUGUGUGUAGAUUGAUGAGGAAAAUGUUUUAUUUAAUCAAUUUUAGAAAAAGGCUGUAACGUAACAAAAUGUGGAAAAGGGCAAGGGGUCUUAAUACUUUCCGAAUGCACUGUACACAUGUUCAUGAAAUACAAUAGCUGACCGUAAUCACACCCAGACACACCUGGCUAACUUGAUGGGUCAUGUAAUCUGGCAAAGUGGAGUCUUUUGUUUAGACAUGUAGCUAGCUAGCGAGCUAGCUAAACAAUGAACAUAUUGCUGCUUUCAAGACAACUGCGAACUUGCAAAAAUACGAGGUCAAAUCAUGACGUCAGUGAUCUUCAGAUUGGAAAGUCGGGGCUCUAGAAAGAUGCCGACUUCCCGAGUUGGAAUUCCGAGUUGGAUGACCGUGAACUAUUUUCCCAGUCGCAGCUCGUUUUCUUCCGAGUUCCCAGUUGUCUUGAACCAGUGGCGAUUUUAUAAUGUAAAUCUUGGUGGGGUAAACUCCCCCCAAUUUUUUUAGAUGCAUGCCAGCAAAGCCACUACACAACACAACACUAUACAAUACAUUAAUUGUACUAUAACGGUGACAAACGGUGCCCACAAACUGUUAGGGCCUACAUAAAGCUGUCCCAACACCAGAGCUUUAUUUUCAGCACCAUGGAGUGAAUCCUUACCACUGCAACAAUCAGCAGAGCCUUGUCUGGCAGCGAAAACAGUUCAUUUAGCCUCAUUUACUGCCUUUAAAAAAACUGCUGGUAUGGCUGACUUGCUUAAACAAAUGUGGUUUCUACUGACAAUUGAGAUGUACAAACUAUGACAAAGGGGGACGUAGGGCGGAUAAGAGGCAAUACGUAAUUUCGAUUAAGACAUUAAUGAGCGAGCUAGGACGGACAUAUUUGUUCAGCACUUUUGAAAUGUACAGCGACAGAAUUCAAAACAUGGGCCGUUUUACAGUAUUCUCCCUGUACACCAAGUCGGAACCGUAGGAUAAAUAAAGGGGGCAUAUAAGCAGACAAUGAAAGCACUUACAAUAUUCAAUGACUACAUUUAUCUAAAACAGGCUAGAGGCUACAUAUGCACCACCAAGUCAGAACAGUAGGCUAACAUUUUUAGGGUGAGGCACAUGGGCUACUAACAGAUUACUACACAACAUACACUUAGUAUUACUUUCUUAGCUACAGUAUACAUAUCUCCCUGGCAUAUUACGUCAUUUAUGCAGCGGCAUAAAAUACAUUUUUGGACUCACCUUGUUGUGCUGUGCUCACUUGAACAGGAAGGUGGUGCGGCGGUCUUUAUUGUGUGAACAUUUUGUCAUCAAACUUUGUCAUCAAAGUCUGGCAUUCUCUGGAUUUAUGGUGCUUUCAAGACAACUGGGAACACUGAAAAAAACAAGGUUGAAUCAUGAUGUUAGUGAUCUUCAGGUCGGAGCUCUAGAAAGAGGCCUGAGUUCCCGACGUGGAAUUCCUUUCAAAACAUAUUUUCCCAGUCGGAGCUAGUUUUUUCCCUAGUUCCCAGUUGUCUUGAAAGCACCAUAAAUCCAGAGAAUGCCAGACUUUGAUGACAAAGUUUGCCCACAAGAAGGACCGCCGCGCCACCUUCCUGUUCAAGUGAGCACAGCACAACAAGGUGAGUUGUCAUGCUGGAUUGACAACAUGGCCAAUGUAUUCAACUUUUUCUGGCCCAUGGUGUUGAAUGUUUAUCCUUUUAAGCUUGGAAAAGAGACCCUUAAACCCAGACUUGGACCACACACCCACUCCACUGAAUAGCAGGAUAGUGAUUGCUUUGCAACGCUUGCACAUGUCCAAUGGCCGAUGGGCACCGAUAAGUUUUAUCUAUAAUUUCUCUUCAUAUGACAAGGAAGGAUUGAAAAGGAUUUGCCAGUAUAUUGUCGACUUGAUUCAUGAUGAUGACCGCUUGUCUAGCUUGAUUUGAUGUCAUUUUAUCUGUGGCCAAUGACCUUGAGCCUUCUUGGAUGGACACUUCUAAUGUAACUCUAUGGCAUCACCCAAGGGCCUUGAAUUUUCGAGCUCUCCCCGUAGAUUUUGCGGUGACAUAGUGUCCCAAUGAGUGACAAAACACUGAGCCAAUCAUGGCGCAAUUAGAGAACAUUACCAACCCCUGGCUGUCCCACCACCACAGAAAGCACUGAGCUAGGCUGAAACACCUGCAUUUUGGAGCUGCCAUACUCAAGAAAGCAAAAAAGAGACCAUGUUUGUAUGCAGCUUUAUUAAUUCAAUGUUGUUGAUUUUUACAUUGUUUGCAAACUGAUAUGUGACACGUAUUAAUACCAAAAUAACAUGGAAAUCAGGCAACAACAAAAAGCUCUGCCCCACCUGCUCUGAAUGAUGGGUGGCCACUGUCUUGGAACGCACUGAAGUUGAGUUCCCAGUUCCCAGUUGUUUCGAACGUGGCAAUAAUCCCAACCCAUACUGAUUGUCAUAGCUAGCCACCAUACAUGACUCUGCAGGCAGCUAAAGCUAACCAAUUAGGUUCAAUGUUAGCUUUCUGACAAAAUUAGAAACGUAUGAUAUCUGAAAAUGUGGCUAGCUAGCUAGACUCUUACCCGUAUACAUGGAUGAAUGCUUCUCCCUCUCUGUCACGGAUGCCAUGGUUGCCCUUAGUUUGAAGAUGAAAUCCGGAAUCAGAGAGAGUCAGCAUGGCAUGAUCGUCCUCUAGAAAAUGGAGAGCUUUAGCAACACUUUUGCAGUUCUUCAUGAUAUCGUUCAAAAAAGCUGCGGUAGAAAGGAUUAUAUACACAUACUGAGCAGCUCAUGUUAUAGACAGACGCAUGCUACAUGGCAGACCAACCCAAACUCAUCUCUCGGCAUGUCCAGGCCUUCCAUUAUCUCAGCCAAUCAUGGCUAGCAGGAAGGUUCCUGUAUUUUUCCAUGGCUAAAACAACUAGGCUCAAUUUAACAAUUUAAUUCGUAUUUACAGAUGGCAUACAAGUUUGUUAUUGAGGCACAUGAAAGUUCACAUGUUCCAGAAGGCAUUUCUGCCGAAAAAAACGCAUUUGGAUAAAAAAAUACAUGUUUACUUUCAUAUGCCUCUCCUAUGAAGUAGUGACGUGCGACAUGCGCCUAAUUUCCUGAAACAUGUCACAUAUCAGCAAUGGACUAAUGAAACAAAUACCAAAAUAUAGUUUUGGGGUGGAAUUAUUCUUUAAGAUGAUGGAAUAAAAGUGUCUUCAUCCAUGUCCAGAGGCUGAACUAACAAGGCUCACUGUGAAGAGUCCUCAAUUAUACUGCCGGAGCAAGAACUACUGAAUUUUUUAGUACAAUUCCAUAGAAGAUAACUCUAAGCCUGUAGUCUAUUGUGCCCACAGGGGGCCUUGCCAAGGUUGUUUCGUAAGUGGUAUUAUUUGGUUUGACCCAAGGUCAUUUCAAUAGCAUCAAAUAUAGAAUGUAUACUGAACAAAAAUAUAAACGCAACAUGCAACAAUUUCAAUGAUUUUACUGAGUUACAGUUCAUAUAAGGAAAUCAGUCAAUUGAAAUAUAUUCAUUAGGCCCUAAUCUAUGGAUUUCACAUGACUGGGAAUACAAAUAUGCACCUGUUACAUUUACAUUUACAUUUACGUCAUUUAGCAGACACUCUUAUCCAGAGCGACUUACAAAUUGGUGCAUUCACCUUGUGGGAUAACCACUUUACAAUGUUGUUUAUUUUUUUUAUUUUUUGGGGGGUGGGGUGGGGUAAGGGGGGGUAGAAGGAUUACUUUAUCCUAUCCCAGGUAUUCCUUAAAGAGGUGGGGUUUCAAGUGUCUCCGGAAGGUGGUGAGUGACUCCGCUGUCCUGGCGUCGUGAGGGAGCUUGUUCCACCAUUGGGGUGCCAGAGCAGCGAACAGUUUUGACUGGGCUGAGCGGGAACUGUGCUUCCGCAGAGGUAGGGGGGCCAGCAGGCCAGAGGUGGAUGAACGCAAUGCCCUCGUUUGGGUGUAGGGACUGAUCAGAGCCUGAAGGUACGGAGGUGCCGUUCCCCUCACAGCUCCGUAGGCAAACACCAUGGUCUUGUAGCAGGUGCGAGCUUCAACUGGAAGCCAGUGGAGUGUGCGGAGGAGCGGGGUGACGUGAGAGAACUUGGGAAGGUUGAACACCAGACGGGCUACGGCAUUCUGGAUGAGUUAUAGGGGUUUAAUGGCACGGGCAGGGAGCCCAGCCAACAGCGAGUUGCAGUAAUCCAGACGGGAGAUGACAAGUGCCUGGAUUAGGACCUGUGCCGCUUCCUGUGUAAGGCAGGGUCGUACUCUCCGAAUGUUGUAGAGCAUGAACCUACAGGAUCGGGUCACCGCAUUGAUGUUAGCGGAGAAUGACAGGGUGUUGUCCAGGGUCACGCCAAGGCUCUUCGCACUCUGGGAGGAGGACACAACGGAGAUGUCAACCGUGAUGGCGAGAUCAUGGAACGGGCAGUUCUUCCCCGGGAGGAAGAGCAGCUCCAUCUUGCCAAGGUUCAGCUUGAGGUGGUGAUCCGUCAUCCACACUGAUAUGCCUGCCAGACAUGCAGAGAUGCGAUUCGCCACCUGGUUAUCAGAAGGGGGAAAGGAGAAGAUUAGUUGUGUGUCGUCUGCGUAGCAAUGAUAGGAGAGGCCAUGUGAGGAUAUGACAGAGCCAAGUGACUUGGUGUAUAGCGAGAAUAGGAGAGGGCCUAGAACUGAGCCCUGGGGGACACCAGUGGUGAGAGCACGUGGUGCGGAGACAGCUUCUCGCCACGCCACUUGGUAGGAGCGACCGGUCAGGUAGGACUAGGGGUGUAACGAUUCGUUUUAACAACGAUUCGAUUUGUGGUUGUCGAUACGAUUCAAGGACGAUAUUGGUUCAUUUAGAACGAUACGAUCCGAAACGAUUCAGUGACUUGAAAUCGAUUCAGUAACCUUUUAGCCAAAAAUUCAACCAGUGUGACUGAAAUAAAUACCUGGAUACUGGACAGUGCAGGUGAAGUUUCCUAGAUUCCUGUUUCUUGUAAGGACCGCAAUGGUGGCUUGAUAAUUUCUCGCUCGUCGGCUUCUCCUCUGUCGUCCGCCAUGCUAUGUUUUGUUGUCUUUGCGCCUUUGCGCUGCUGCUGGCGCGGGGCGAUGACGUCACGGAUAGGCAGGCUGAAUCGAGUAAUGUUUAAAGCCUUUAUCAUUAAAAGUGCUAAGAAAAAAACAUCCAUAUAAAGUCUGACGUGCUUAAAUCCAAUGGGUUAUUUCCUAGUAUCGAUACAAUCGAUUUAUUACAUUUUAAAACGAUGUUAGAUUGAUAUAUGUUGUCCAAAAGGCCAACUCGCCGAGCACAGAUCGAUGUAGUUGGAUCAUAGGAAUAUAAAUCGAUACAUCGAUGUAGUAGAUGGAUCGUUACACCCCUAGGUAGGACGCAAUCCAGGAGUGAGCCGCGCCGGAGAUGCCUAGCUCGGAGAGGGUGGAGAGGAGGAUCUGAUGGUUCACAGUAUCAAAGGCAGCAGACAAGUCUAGAAGGACAAGAACAGAGGAGAGAGAGUUAGCUUUAGCAGUGCGGAGAGCCUCCGUGACACAGAGAAGAGCAGUCUCAGUUGAAUGACCAGUCUUGAAACCUGACUGGUUUGGAUCAAGAAGGUCAUUCUGAGAGAGAUAGCAAGAGAGUUGGCUAGGGGACGGCACGCUCAAGAGAUUUGGAGAGAAAAGAAAGAAGGGAUACUGGUCUGUAGUUGUUAACAUCAGAGGGAUCGAGUGUUGGUUUUUUGAGAAGGGGUGCAACUCUCGCUAUCUUGAAGACGGAAGGGACAUAGCCAGCGGUCAAGGUGUUGAUGAGCGAGGUGAGGUAAGGGAGAAGGUCACCGGAGAUGGUCUGGAGAAGAGAGGAGGGGAUAGGGUCAAGCGGGCAGGUUGUUGGGCGGCCGGCCGUCACAAGAUUUUAUCUGGAGAGAGAGGGGAGAAAGAAGUCAAAGCAUAGGGUAGGGCAGUGUGAGCAGGACCAGCAGUGUUAUUUGACUUAACAAACGAGAAUCGGAUGUCGUCAACCUUCUUUUCAAAAUGGUUGACGAAGUCAUCCACAGAGAGGAAGGAGGGGGGGGGGGGGGGGGGGGGAAUUCAGAAGGGAGGAGAAGGUGGCAAAGAGCUUCCUAGGGUUAGAGGCAGAUGCUUGGAAUUUAGAGUGGUAGAAAGUGGCUUUAGCAGCAGUAACAGAUGAAGAAAAUGUAGAGAGGAGGGAGUGAAAAGAUGCCAGGUCCGCAGGGAGUCUAGUUUUCCUCCAUUUCCGCUCGGCUGCCCGGAGCCCUGUUCUGUGAGCUCGCAAUGAGUCAUCAAGCCACAGAGCUGGAGGGGAGGACCGAGCCGGCCGGGAGGAUAGGGGACAUAGAGAGUCAAAGGAUGCAGAAAGGGAGGAGAGGAGGGUUGAGGAGGCAGAAUCAGGAGAUUGGAGGGAGAAGGAUUGAGCAGAGGGAAGAGAUGAUAGGAUGGAAGAGGAGAGAGAACGAAGGUUGCGACGGCGCAUUACCAUCUGAGUAUGGGCAGAGUGAGUAGUGUUGGAGGAGAACGAGAGAGAAAAGGAUACAAAGUAGUGGUCGGAGACAUGGAGGGGAGUUGCAGUGAGAUUAGUAGAAGAACAGCAUCUAGUAAAGAUGAGGUCAAGCGUAUUGUGAGUAGGGGGGGACGGUGAAAGGGUGAGGUCAAAAGAGGAGAGGAAUGGAAAGAAGGAGGCAGAGAGAAAUGAGUCAAAGGUAGACGUAGGGAGGUUGAAGUCCCCCAGAACUGUGAGGGGUGAGCCAUCCUCAGGAAAGGAACUUAUCAAGGCGUCAAGCUCAUUGAUGAACUCUCCAAGGGAACCAGGAGGGCGAUACAUGACAAGGAUGUUAAGCUUAAAUGGGCUAGUGACUGUGACAGCAUGGAAUUCAAAUGAGGAGAUAGACAGAUGGGUCAGGGGGAAAAGAGAUAAUGUCCACUUGGGAGAGAUGAGGAUUCCUGUGCCACCACCCCGCUGACCAGAUGCUCUCGGGGUAUGCGAGAACACAUGGUCAGACGAGGAGAGAGCAGUAGGAGUAGCAGUGUUUUCAGUGGUAAUCCAUGUUUCCGUCAGCGCCAAGAAGUCGAGGGACUGGAGGGUAGCAUAGGCUGAGAUGAACUCUGCCUUGUUGGCAGCAGAACGGCAGUUCCAGAGGCUGCCUGAGACCUGGAACUCCACGUGGGUGGUGCGUGCAGGGACCACCAGGUUAGAGAGGCAGCAGCCAUGCGGUGUGAGGCGUUUGUAUAGCCUGUGCGGAGAGGAGAGAACAGGGAUAGACAGAGGCAUAGUUGACAGGCUACAGAAAAUGGCUACAAUAAUGCAAAGGAGAUCGGAAUGAAAUGAACUAAACAUCUGGGAAAGGAGAGAGCGGGGCCUCCCUCACCACAACGCCCAAAUAUAACUCUCCCAACUUCCACCUCAGAAACUAUAAAUGUUGUAAACUACAGUGGUUCAAUGUUUUCUAGGAAUAGACUAACUUAGUUUAUUCAGCAAGCUAACUUGGUACAGUAUUCCUCCCGUGAAAAUCGUCCAGGGCACCUAGUCAUAAGACGCCACAGCCAGCUAGCAUGCCGGACUCCAACAACACGGUUUAGCACCAAUACUCGGCCACAACAAACCACCAGUGUGUCAACACGCCAAGCAGAUCAUUCGUGUCCGUGUCUAACGUUGUGGGUUAGUCCCGACAGCUUGAGCGAGUCCGUCGUCAACUUAUUCAGCCAGUUAGUUAGCUAGAAUAGUUAGCAUACUAGCUAGCCAUUGCUUUCAGACAAAGAAUAAACCCCUCCUUUCACGGCACGAACACACAAAAAAAGGUAGGGGCGUGGAUCAGAAAACCUGUCAUUUUCUGGUGUGACCACCAUUUGCCUCAUGCAGUGCGACACAUCUCCUUCGCAUAGAGUUCAUCAGGCUGUUGAUUGUGGCCUGUGGAAUGUUGUACCACUCCUCUUCAAUGGCUGUGCAAAGUUGCUGGAUAUUGGCGGGAACUAGAACACGCUGUCGUACAUGUCGAUCCAGAGCAUCCCAAACAUGCUCAAUGGGUGUCAUGUCCAGUGAAUUUGCAGGCCAUGGAAGAACUGGGACAUUUUCAGCUUCCAGGAAUUGUGUACAGAUCCUUGCGACAUGGGGCCGUGCAUUAUCAUGCUGAAACAUGAGUUGAUGACGGCGGAUGAAUGGCACGACAAUGGGCCUCAGGAUCUCGUCACAGUAUCUUUGUGGAUUCGAAUUUGCCAUUGAUAAAAUGCAGUUGUGUUCGUUGUCUGUAGCUUAUGCCUGCCCAUACCAUAACCUCACCACCACCAUGGGGCAUUCUGUUCACAACGUUGACAUCAGUAAACCGCUGUCCCACACGAUGCCAUACACGUGGUGUGCGGUUGUGAGGCCCGGUUGGACGUACUGCCAAUGGUAGAGAAAUUAACAUUACAUUUUCUGGCAACGGCUCUGGUGGACAUUCCUGCAGUCAGCAUGCCAAUUGCACGCUCUCUCAAAACUUGAGACAUCUGUGGCAUUGUGUUGUGUGACAAAACUGCACAUUUUAGAGUGGUCUUUUAUUGUCCCCAGCACAAGGUGCACCUGUGUAAUGAUCAUCGUGUUUAAUCAGCAUCUUGAUAUGCCACACCUGUCAGGUGGAUGGAUUGUCUUGGAAAAUGAGAAAUGCUCACUAACAGGGAUGUAAACAAAUUGGUGGACAACAUUUGAGAGAAAUAAGCUUUUUGUGCGUAUGGAACAUUUCUGGGAUCUUUCAUUUCAGCUCAUGAAACAUGGGACCAACACUUUACAUGUUGUGUUUAUAUUUUUCUUCAGUGUAGUAUCUUGAAAACAGGAAGGGUGUUGUAGCCAUUUGAUACUCAAGGCAACAGAGCAUCUCAAUCUUCCCUGAUCUGUGAGAUAAAAUAAACAUUUAUAUCAAUAGAUAUUUAUACGCUUAAAUAUGAAGACCCCAUUUUACACAGUAUCAACACAUUUUGAUUACCAUGAACUGGAAUGCCUGGAUCAUACUGUCAAUGUAGGAAAAGAUACAUCACUACAAUCUCUGCUCCUUUGUUGAAGAUGAGGCUUUCUGAGCUGAAUAGAAGGGAUGGUGAGAUGGAGGAAUAAAGUGAGAAUGAGAAUCCGAGCUGGCUAGGUUAUCUAGGCCGAGACAGGUGCCCUCUCUGAGUGAAUCAUCUAUAAUUUACAGUCAUGGCUCCUGACGGCAUGUCGUAGGAGAGGUCCCCUCCUGGUCAACACAGGAAUCAAACACCAACUAGCAACACGCCCUAAACGAGUCUAAACAAAUGACCGCCUGCCAAAUUAUGUCAACGAAGAGGAAUUCAAUAUCCCAAAAUGAUAUCAUAAAUGAUGCAUUAGACCUGAGAAGGAGAAAUGCAUUUACCAAGAACACAAUGAGCUGUUGUAGCAACACUGUCAUGGGGGGAAAUACUGUAAACACAUUAUGGCAAUGGGGGAGAGAUUAGUGAUGUUAUUCAAUUUUGGGAGAUGAGGAAACAUCAUGAUUGUGGACAUAAUAGGACUUAAUGAGACCAACCUGGGAUUUGAUCAAAUAAAAAUGUAUUUUGUCUGCCUUUUUAAGUCCUAGCCUGUGUGUCUGUGCUUAAGGAAGAGGGGUAAGGCCAUCCAGCACCCGGUGCCCAUUUUCUUCCAUGUUAAUAAUGGAUUUUUGAUAUGAGCUCCACAUGAAAUUUUAAUCUCUGGAAUAUUAGCUCACCGAGGGAGAUACAAAAUCAAAUCAGUGGCUGUGAUUAAGCGCGGGUGAAGCACAUAUCGACCCAUUUAAAUUCACAUUAACCCUUCAUCAAAAUGUAUGAGGCAUGUCACUGAUGGCUGCCGUGAUUUAGAGGUGUUAUGUCUGUUUUGCUGGGAAAAGGUGUGAUCUUCUCCCACGUACAUGCCUGUGAAAACGAGAAAAUGAAGGAGGGAGGGAGAGAGAGAGAGGUAGUAAGUCUAUAGGUUCCCUUCAUCUGGUUAAUAUAGUUGUCAUACUGCUAAUGUAAAGGUUCAUUUAUAGAUUAAGAUAUGUUUCAAUGUAUGUUGAUGUGAACUAAUAUUCUUAGAUGUUCACAUUAAACAUAGAUUGCUAAUGAUAUGGCAUUUCUUGUAGCCAUUCCCUUUUUAUAUGUUCAUUUUUUCAGCUAUUUCUAACCAUUGUUGAGACAAUUUGCAGGCUUAUUUUCAGUGUUUGUACGUGUGUGUAUGUUUGCUUUUUUUUACUUACAUGCAGCACAACCGCAUGACACGCCGUGACAUAUUCCAACACCCUGUUUGCCACCCCAAACUCUCUCUGCCCAAUGAAUAUUUCACCACCCAACCCAGGAUGCCAACCCAGCCCACCUCCCGCCUGGAUGAUGCCUCUUAGCCUAAAACAAAGCCCAUGCUGCCUGACUUGCUGACGGCGUGCGGAUCUUCAGCAGAUUAUAAUAUAUAAUAUUACCAGCUACCAGCUACCUAUUUUCCAUAAGUGCCAAUAAACCAUAUUCAUAUGCAUGUGUCAAGGGGGACGGUGCUGUGGUGGUACUGUGUGGGUUAAUGUAAUUAAAGAGUGUGAAUAAGUGUUAAGGUACACUCAACUAAACACCUUGGUGCCUCGGCGGGGGUGGUCGGCCCCCUCAGCUGUCGUUGACAUAGAUUGUUGCAGGAAGGGAAAGAACGCUAGGUCGGAAUUAAUGUGAUGUAUUAGACUACGUACCGUGGCAUCAUAUGCUGAUUUUAGGAUAGGUUUUGUGGCAGAGUGGAGUAGUGGAUUUGUCCUGGGUGGCUGUAGCAGAAUGAAACAAACUAUCAUUGAGGUGAAUGAAAAGGUGGCGCUUUUUACUGCGUCCAAAUGUAAUUAUAGUACAUUACAUUGACAUAAUGGCACAAGCAGUUAAUGGAUCAAUUGUGUUGUAUGUCAGAUCAUAGGCUGUGUUAUUGUCUUACAGUUAUGGCUUAAUAUCAGGCAGGCAGUUUAGGAGCUGUUUGUGUUUAUUGUGCCUUAAUUGAAAGGAAAUGGCCGACUUGGGGACAGCACAAAUCUUCUGCUUCUCAUCUCUUUGCAUGAAUUUGGAAUGUGGAUUUUGUUAGCCUAGUGUGGAGCAUAAGGACCUCUCUCUCUCUCUCUCUCUCUCUCUCUCUCUCUCUCUCUCUCUCUCUCUCUCUCUCUCUCUCUCUCUCUCUCUCUCUCUCUCUCUCUCUCUCUCUCUCUCUCUCUCUCUCUCUCUCUCUCUCUCUCUCUCUCUCAGUGCAUUGAUACAUGGGUGGGGGGAGUGUAUCUGUACUCUCACAUGCUCACAGAAUUCCAUAGCGCCCUCUUUAGGACCUAAAUCCCCUCACACACACACUUAACAUAUGUAGCUCUGUAUCCCUCAUCCCCCCUUCACCCUCUUACUGUCCCCUCUAUGUGGCUGUCAAAAGUGGGGACAGUGCAGCGGGCAGACAGAGGGAGAGUGGCGGCUUGGACGUGCUUGACAACAGACCCUUCAAAGGCAGGUGGCUUGAUCCCAACAUUCGGGGGUCUGGGGGGGAGCCUAUCUCUGGGAGUAGAAGGGGGCUCAUCAAAGAGCCUGUUAUUUGUACCACUGCCUUUUUGUCUCCAGCUGCUUCUGACUCCCGACAAUUAAACCCGGGGCUUCUUUUGAGCUGAGGGGAUGGAUUUGUCCGCUUUCUCACACGACUCUCCCUCUCUCCCGUCUCCCCCUUUGCCUCUCUCUUUCUCCCCUGUCUCCCUCUCUAUAUCAUUCCCCACCUGGUGGGUGGAGCUUUUAAACAGGUACCACAGACCUGGGGUUCCACAAUGAGCACUUAGAACACAUUCUACUGUAGCUUUCCCCCCUUUUUUUUUAGGGGGUAGAUCAGCUUUAAUAUUGCAGAUAGAUUGUAACUUCCAUCAAUGUAAUUGUCUGCAUCACUUCCAAUCCCCCAUAUGUUUUUUUUCUUCUUUUUUUCCUCGCAUAUAUACAUAUAUAUAUACACAUACAUACACACAUAUAUAUAUAUAUAUAUAUAUACAUACAUAUAUACAUACAUACAUAUCCUUUAACAAUAUAUAUAUUUCCCUUUAUUACUUUCCAACCCCACCAUCCCCUCCCUAAUUGGAGUAAACUAGUGAACAACAAUGUUUAGGCCUCUACUUCAUGCUUAUACAUAUUGUAUACAUUUUAUGGACACAGUCACUAAUUAUAUUUUGUUUGUUUUUACUCCUGAACGUCCUCUGAUCAUUUUCAUGAUGUCCAUCUGGUAUGCUUCUAUAUGCCAUAUCUUUCUAACUGUGCUAUUUCACAAAAGCUCACAAUAUAUAACCUAUAUACUUAUUAUGGACACAGCAUGUCUUACACUAGUUAUCUUGUUGUUAUUAGUUGUUGUUAUUAGUCCCAUCCUUAAGCUCCAUUCAACACCUCCCAUCUAUCUCUUAACACCAUCCAUAUUGGAUUCCUAUUUGCCAUAUUUUUCAACUGUACUGUGAUGUUUUACAAAAGUUCUGAACCUUUCUAUUCUCAUUGUUUCUACAGUUUGUGAAUUGAAAAUAAACAUCUUUGCUAAAAGUAUUAUUAUAUUAUUGAUCGAUUGACUAUGACUUUUCAGAUCACCCAGUAGUGCUAUCUGCAGGGUCAGCUCCAUGCAAAUAUUGCAAUCCUUCAGCCAUUCCUGGACCUGUGUCCAGAAACAAGCUACAAAUGGACAGUACCAAAACAAAUGAUCUAAUGAUUCUGUCUCUUCACAGCCAAAUCUGCAGAGCUGAUCCCCCAUACAAAUAACAUUCUAUUGGUAGCAAGAAUUUUAUUUAAUAAUUGAAAUUGAAAGUUUUGAAUCCGGCGUCGUUUUGCGUAUCAGUCAUACGUCAAAAAUCUCUUCCCAACUAUUUUGCAAUCUAUAUGGGACGGCUGUCAAUCUUUUGGUCCUUAAAUGAAACUGGUAAACUUUUUUAUUUAUCACAAUUUUCUUUAACCAAUAAUGGUAUUUAAUGCAAGGCCGACAGACAAGUUCCUUACUUUUUCCUCCUUCCACUUUCCUCUUCCAUUUUUGCGGUAAUGCUGCAGUAUAUUUGAGUUUAACCACAAUAUUUGUUGCAAUAUUUCUGGAGGAUUACAUUGAAAUUGCAACCAACUUUCUAUGGCUUGUUUUAGAAAUAGUGAUAUUUGGGAGAUUAUUUCCUUUUCAAAUACCUGAAAGUGAGGGGUUGUAAUCUGAAUAAAGGGAAAAAGUAUUUUCUUGAACAUUGGGUGAGACAAUCUUACUAGUUUGCUAGAGAACCAGUUCGGAUUUACAGUGGUGUGAAAAAGUGUUUGCCCCCUUCCUGAUUUCUUAUUUGUUUGCAUGUUUGUCACACUUAAAAGUUUCAGAUCAUCAAACAAAUUUUAAUAUUAGUCAAAGAUAACACAAGUAAACACAAAAUGCAGUUUUGAAAUGAAGGUUGCUAUUAUUAAGGGAAAACAAAAUCCAAACCUACAUGGCCGUGUGUGAAAAAGUGUUUGCCCCCCCCGUUAUAACACAACUCAACUGUGGUUUAUCACACCUGAGUUCAAUUCCUCUAGCCACACCCAGGCCUGAUUACUGCCACACCUGUUAUCAAUCAAGGAAUCACUUAAAUAGGACCUGCCUGACAAAGUGAAGUAGACCAAAAGAUCCUCAAAAGCUAGACAUCAUGACGAGAUCCAAAGAAAUGCAGGAACAAAUGAGAAAGAAAGUAAUUGAGAUCCAUCAGUCUGGAAAAGGUUAUAAAGCCAUUUCUAAAGCUUUGGGACUCCAGCGAACCACAGUGAGAGCCAUUAUCCACAAAUGGCGAAAACAUGGAACAGUGGUGAACCUUCCCAGGAGUGGCCGGCCGACCAAAAUUACCCCAAGAGCGCAGCGACGACUCAUCCAAGAGGUCACAAAAGACCCCACAACAACAUCCAAAGAGCUGCAGGCCUCACUUGCCUCAGUUAAGGUCAGUGCUCAUGACUCCACCAUAAGAAAGAGACUGGGCAAAAAUGGCCUGCAUGGCAGAGUUACAAGACGAAAACCACUGCUGAGCAAAAAUAACAUUAAGGCUUGUCUCAUUUUUGCCAGAAAACAUAUUGAUGAUCCCCAAGACCUUUGGGAAAAUACUCUGUGGACUGACGAGACAAAAGUUGAACUUUUUGGAAGGUGUGUCCCACUACAUCUGGCGUAAAAGUAACACCGCAUUUCAGAAAAAGAACAUCAUACCAACAGUAAAAUAUGGUGGUCAUAGUGUGAUGGUCUGGGCCUGUUUUGCUGCUUCAGGACCUGGAAGACUUGCUGUGAUGAAUGGAACCAUGAAUUCUGCUGUCUACCAAAAAAUCCUGAAGGAGAAUGUCCGGCCAUCUGUUCGUGACCUCAAGCUGAAGCGAACUUGGGUUCUGCAGCAGGACAAUGAUCCAAAACACACCAGCAAGUCCACCUCUGAAUGGCUGAAUCAAAAUCAAAAUGAAGACUUUGGAGUGGCCUAGUCAAAGUCCUGACCUGAAUCCUAUUGAGAUGGAAAACCCUCCAAUGUGGCUGAAUUACAACUAUUCUGCAAAGAUGAGUGGGCCAAAAUUCCUCCACAGCGCUGUAAAAGACUCAUUGCAAGUUAUCGCAAACUCUUGAUUGCAGUUGUUGCUGCUAAGGGUGGCCCAACCAGUUAUUAGGUUGUAGGGGGAAAUCACUUUUUCACACAGGGCCAUGUGGGUUUGGAUUUUGUUUUCCCUUAAUAAUAACAACCUUCAUUUCAAAACUGCAUUUUGUGUUUACUUGUGUUAUCUUUGACUAAUAUUAAAAUUUGUUUGAUGAUCUGAAACAUUUAAGUGUGACAAACAUGCAAACAAAUAAGAAAUCAGGAAGGGGGCAAACACAAUUUUCACACCACUGUAAGUAUAGUUUUUGUAUGACUGAAACUUUUAGUGAUAGGUCGAAUGCUUUAAUAUUUAAUCAUUUCUGUCCUCCUAAUUCAUAUUCAUUAUAUAAAUAGGCCCGUUUAAUUUUGUCUGGCUUGCCGUUCCAAAUAAAAUUGAAUAUUUUUUUCUCAUAUAAUUUAAAAAACUGUUCGCUAGGCGUAGGCAAGACCAUAAGCAAAUAGGUAAACUGGGAUAAUACUAAAGAGUUUUUUUCAACAAAAAAAGUGUGAUUUUUCAACAAAUUGACAGGUAUUUACCUUUCCAUGGUAGCAAGAUCUUAUCUAUUUUAACUUUCUAUUACAUUUUUUUGGAGUGAGAUCAUUUAUUUCAUUUGGGAUAUGUAUUCCGAGUAUAUCCACAUCACCAUCAGACCAUUUUAUUGGUAAACUACAUGGUAAUGUAAAAUGUGUAUUUUUUUUGUGAUCCAAUACGUAAUAUAGUACAUUUAUCAUAAUUUGGUUGCAAUCCAGAGAGGUUAGAAAAUGUAUCUAGAUCCUCUAUGAGGCUGUGGAGGGAUUCAAGUUGUGGAUUUAAAAGAAAACAUGAAUCAUCAGCGUACAAUGACACCUUUGUUUUUAAGCCCUGGAUUUCUAAUCCCUUUAUUAUUUUUGGAUCUGAUUUUAAUAGCUAACAUCUCGAUGGCAAUAAUAAAUAGAUAUGCCGAUAGUGGACAACCUUGUUUCACUCCUCUUGACAGUUUAAAACUUUCUGAGAAAUAGGCAUUAUUUACUAUUUUACACCUAGGGUUACUAUACAUGAUUUUAACCCAAUUUAUAAGAGAUUGUCCAAAAUUGAAAUGCUCCAGGCAUUUAUAUAUAAACCCCAGUCAUACUUUAUCAAAUGCCUUUUCGAAGUAUGCUAUGAAUAGCAGGCCUGGCUUCCCAGAUUUUUCAUAGUGUUCUAUUGUUUCCAGUACUUGCCUUAUAUUAUCUCCAAUGUAUCGCCCAUGUAAAAAAAACCUGUCUGAUUAGAAUGAAUAAUGUCCGACAAUACCUUUUUAAUUCUAUGCGCUAUACAUUUUGCUAGAAUUUUUGCAUCACAACACUGAAGUGUAAGGGGCCGCCAAUUUUUUAAAUGGACUGGAUCUUUAUAUUUUCCACUUGUAUCCUGUUUCAGUAAUAAUGAAAUCAGGCCUUCUUCUUGAGUGUCUGAUAAUCUACCAUUUACAUAGGAGUGGUUAAAACAUGCUAAUAACGGUCCUCUGAGUAUAUCAAAAAAGGUUUGGUAUACCUCGACAGGUAUGCCAUCCAACCCUGGAGUUUUCCCGGACUUAAAGUCUUUAAUUGCAUCCAGAAGUUCCUCCUCUGUAAUUUCACCUUCACAUGAGUCUUUCUGUAUGGCUGUUAAUUUAACAUUAUCAAUAGAAAAAAAAAUCUCAAAAAUUUGCUUCAAAACACUAUAGUCUUUGUCUUUAAUUUCCGCCGCUCUGAGGACGAAUCAGAGGACCGGUGUAGUGUCAAAUACAGUGCCCCUAGUCAAGACACACAUCUGUCUGUCUGUCUGUCUCUUCUCACUUUUAUCAUUUCAAUGAAUAUAACCUGGAUUGCCUGGAGGCAGAUCGUGAGCACUGUUAAUGGCCUUAUCUUUAAGUACUCUGCAAAGGCAACAAGGGCUUUCUUUUAUGUGUCAUAUCUCUCUCCAUGUCAUGUCAGAGCUCAUCCUCUCUCUCUCUCUCUCUCCCCCUCCCUCUUUCUUGUUCUCUCUUCCUGCUCUAUAAUGAGGUAAUAUUCAUUGAAAUUACACUGAGGUAAACAGAGCAGACCCUUAAUAUGAGAGAGGCUGUCGGCUCGGGUGCGGCGUGCCAUCCGUCAUCCCCAUGAAAGAGCCCUCACAGCCUGCAGGCGUUCCAUUAACCUUCUAUAGCACAGCUCAAUGGCAAGGGGAUGCUUCGCCUAGGCCCCGGCAUGCAACGACUCUCACACACACUCACACACUUAGACAUGCAAACACACACCCGCUCACACUCAUACCCUUGCACAUGCACACAUACACUGGUACACACACACACUAUGACAUGCACUUAGACAAACAUAUACACACACACACACACUCGCCUCAAUUACUGUUUCAUUUACGGCCCGACAGCUGAGCAUGUGCAUGUCUAACUAUGUGAAUCAGCAACUGCCUUAAUAUUAGCAUAUCUGAUAUCAUUCUGAAUACUGGCCCUCUGGAAAUCAAUGGGCUGUAAUUGAAUAGAAUGGUAUAGAAGUCUCUUUUAAUUAAGAGUUGGAAGCCCUUUUUGUACUACCUACAUUAAGUUGCACCCCCCAAUAACUCAUGAAUACACUGGAAACAAUGUAAAACAUACUUUAGCAUGGACAGGAUGGUGUUAAACCACCAAAAUAACAAGACCUUGUUAUUUGUGCUGAAGUCUGCAAAUUGAGUUCCUGGUUAGAAGAAGACCAAUGUUUUCCUGUUUUUCCAGUAUGGGUUUUGUCCAUGAUGGGCUUUAAUCAGAUCCUCCAUGUCCUGUUCGAUAAGACACUUAAUUAAUCAGAGAAAGGAUCGACGGUCGGAUGGAACAAGACAGCCGAGAUACUUCCUCUGCUCUCUAUUGAUAACAAAAAAGAGGGAGGAAGCAAAAAGAGAGAGGGAAAAGAAAAAGAGAGAGGGAAGAAGCUAAAAAGGGACAGGGAAGAAGUACUGAGGAGUGGCUAAACAUCUACACAGGACAUUUUUACAAACCUCAUCAGUCACAGUUUGUUCCCUCUACAAGGCCAUUUUGAAGCGGUCAUGUCUGUUGAUGUCUGGGUCGGGUUUUGUCAUUCCUCUCUGUGGCAAAGUGAAGUACCAUGUAUUGGGCGGCAGGUAGCCUAACGGUUAAGAGCGUUGGGCCAUUAACCGAAAGGUCGCUGGUUCGAAUCCCCCAAGCAAACUAGGUGAAAACUCUGCCGAUGUGCCCAUGAGCAAGACAAUUAACCCUACUUGCUCCUGUAGGUCAAUCUGGAUAAGAGCGUCUGCUAAAUGACUAAAAUGUAAAUGUAUAGGUGUUAGCCCUCAGGGCUACUAGCCUGUGUUAGCCUGCUAGCAGCACAACACAGCUUGCUCCUAUUAGGGUAAUGAAAAGAGGCUGCUGGUAAAGUUAAUUCCUUGGCUGGUCAUUAUUCUCUGUGGCUAAAGUGAAGUAUCAUGUCUAGGUGUUAGCCCUCAGGGCUGCUAGUUAGCCUGCUAGCUAUACCACAGCACAGCUUGCUCCCAUUCAGGAGAAUAGAAGACGCUGCUGUUAAAAUGUAAGCCUUGCCAUGGCUGCUUGGCCCUGGUUACGGUGGGCUAAAGGGUGUGAUGAGAUGUGCUGGUGGUUGUCCAGACUGGCCAUAUUGGAGAGACGCUGCUGGCCUGCUGCCACCCUCUCUCCCUGGCUCUCCCCGCCAGCUUUGCCCCCACUAGCUAGAACCCUCGGGCGCUACAGACCACACAUUAGUGUAAACAUACACACACAAGUUAGUGAACACAUACACACUCACUGAUAUUCAGAAACACACCGGUAAACACAAACGCUGACAUAGAAAUACCACACACACAAGUUGGCAUACAUACACACACACCUAUAUAUGUGUACAUGCACAAACUAUUCAUACUCCUUGACUUAUUCCACAUUUUGUUGUGUUACAGCCUGAAUUCUAAAUGGAUUACCAACAAUACCUGAUAAUGACAAAGUGAAAUAUCUCAUUUACAUACUGUAAGUAUUCACACCCCUGAGUCAAUACUUUGUAGAAGCAACUUUGGCAGGGAUUACAGCUGUGAGUCUUUUUGGAUAAGUAUCUAAGAGCUUUACACACCUGGAUUGUCCAAUAUUUGCCCAUUACUGUUUUUAAAAUCCUUUAAGCUCUGUCAAGUUGAUUGUUGAUGAUUGCUAGACAGCAAUUUUCAAGUGUUGCCAUAGAUUUACAAGCCGAUGUAUCCCUUUCCUGCAGUCAAUGACCAAACGCGUCCUCUUUGGCCUCAUGGGGGGAAUGUUAUUAAUAUUUUCAUUAUUAAUUAUGAAAUUAAGACGUAUUUAUUUUUUUACAACGAAAAUCUGGUGUUUCUAUGUCAAACAGUUUUGUUAUAUUUCAGUCUUCUGUGAUGUAUAUCAAGUUGAAUAUUGGGAUACAAACUCAAAAUUGAAUACAUUUCAACUCUAUAUCUGACAUGGUACAGGUGUCUUCCUUUUUUAAGCCCAUAACCAUGUGUGUGAGGUGUAUACUUUUGUUUGAAAGUAGAUUUGUUUAAGACUAUCAAGAAUCACUCUGUGUGACCCUGAUUUAGUCUACUGCAGUAAAAGGUUAAGUCAAAACUGUAACAAGGCCACUCAGGAACAUUUAAUGUCAUCUUGGUAAGCAACUCCCGUGUUGAUUUGGCCUUGUGUUUUAGGUUAUUGUCCUGCUGAAAGGUGAAUUCGUCUCCCAGUGUCUGUUGGAAAGCAGACUGAACCAGGUUUUCCUCUAGGAUUUUGCCUGUGCUUAUAGCUGUAUUCCGUUUGUUUUUAUCCUAAAAAUCUCCCUAGUCCAUGGCGAUGACAAGCAUACCCAUAACAUGAUGCAGCCACCACCAUGCUUGAAAAUAUGAAGAGUGGUACUCAGUGAUGUGUUGUGUUGGAUUUGCCCCAAACAUAACACUUUGUUUUCAGGACAAAAAGUUAAUUUCUUUGCCACAGUUUUUGCAGUAUUACUAACGUGCCUUGUUGCGAACAGGAUGCAUGUUUUGGAAUAUUUUGAUUCUGUACAGGCUUCCUUCUUUUCACUCUGUCAUUUAGGUUAGUAUUGUAACUGUUUUAAAAUUACUAUUGGCCUCAUGGUGAAAUCCCUAAGCAGUUUCUUUCCUCUCCGGCAACUGAGUUAGGAAGGACACCUGUAUCUUUGUAGUAACUGGGUGUUUUGACACACCAGCUAAAGUGUAAUUAAUAACUUCACCAUGCUCAAACGGAUAUUCAGCUUCUGCUUUUUACAUUUUUACACAUCUGCCAAUCGGUGCCAUUCUUUGCGAGGAAUUGAAAAACCUCUGUGGUCUUUGUGGUUGAAUAUGUGCUUGAAAUUCACUACUCGAUUGAGGGACCUUAGAGAUAAUUGUAUGUGUGGGGUAAAGAGAUGGGGUAGUCAUUCAAAAAUCAUGUUAACCACUAUUAUUGAACAAUUAAUGAGUCCAUGCAACUUAUUAUGCGAUUUGUUAAGCACAUUUUUACUCAUGAGCUUAUUUAGGCUUGCCAUAACAAAGGGGUUGAAUACUUUAUUGACUCAAGACAUUUCAGCUUUACAUUUUUCAUUAAUUUCUUUAAUGUUCUACAAACAAAUUUCCACUUUGACAUUAUGGGGUAUUGUGUGUAGAUCAGUGACCCAAAAUCUCGAUUUAAUCAAUUUUAAAUUCAGGCUGUAACACAACAAAAUCUAGAAAACGUAAAGGGGUGUGAAUACUUUCUGAAGGCACUGUAUGUAUUAUGUUGAAUGUGUAAGGUAUAGUGUCUAAAUAAAUUUUCCCCUCUGGGACAUUAAAGUUCAUCCUAUCCUACAUUCCCUGGCAUACACACACGCUGGUAUGCAUAGGUUACUCGUACACAUGCUGGCACACACAGUAUUACCCACAUACACAAAUUCCAUCGCACACACACACUGCGUACAUAGACAAGCAUAGUUAAAAAGCGUGCUCUAACUGUAUGUAGGAAUGUGAUUGUCAUCAUCGCAGAGGCCAAGCUGUAUCUGAGUUCACACAGAAUUGCCUGUGAUGAAAGUUGUGUUUCGUGACAGCUCGCAAGACACUGGUUAUACAUAUUUAAAGCAUAACUGAUACAUAAUUUCUAACACACAUUCUCUCUCUCUCGCGCUCUCUCUCUCUCUCACUAUGUAUCUGUUCUUGUGUAUCGUUCUUACACCAAAUUACCAAAUGUUGAGACAAUAUAGCUUUCUGAAUCUCUCUCUCCCUCCACAGCAACAGGAGCAGGACCCUACUAACCUGUACAUCUCCAACCUGCCUGUAACCAUGGAUGAGCAGGAGCUGGAGAACAUGCUGAAGCCCUUUGGUCACGUCAUCUCCACGCGGAUACUGAGGGACGCCAACGGGGUCAGCAGAGGGGUCGGCUUCGCCAGGUAUACCUGCUGGAACACACAAACUCCAUUGACAAGUGUUAUGAAGCCAGAAGGGUAGUGCCUGCCAGCCUGCGGGUUUGCAUGCGUGUGUGAGAGAGAAAAAGACACACACAUACACACACACGUUGUACAUACUUCUGUCUGCAUAUCACCCAGCUGUUUGAGGCUAUAUUUUCCUCCUGUAAAACUUGAGAGUUUACCCUCUUAUCCCUUCAAAGUCAUGUACGUCCUCCUCAUCCUCCACACUGCUCUCAUUUCUCUCCCCACAACACAACACUUUCGGCUUGUUUACCCAGAGGAUGGUGUUGAUGAGAACAACAACACCAUCUUGCAGGGAUUUAUUUUAUUCAGCCCGUGCAGCAGUCCACUCCUAUUCCCCACUCUAUUAUAGCAGGUUACAGAAGGACAGGUAGGCAGACUCCUACAGACUAACAUGGACAUUCGCAUGCAUGAACAUACACACACACACACACACACACACACACACACACACACACACACAGCAACACCACAGCACAGUGCAUGGCUGUGAUAGGCCACCUGUUCAAAUGGGGCUGAGUGGGUAAGUAAUAUGAUGGGGAGAAGGGAGAAGGGAAAAGGAGAGAGGUGAAGGAAAGAGGAGUGGAGAGGGAGAGACAAAAGAGAGCAAUAAAAAGAAAGAUGCCAAGGGAUGCUGUUCUGAGAGAGACAAUGAGGAAGACAAUAGAGUGGGAGAGAAGAAAGAGGGAGUGAGCAAGAGAGAAUUAAAUAGACAGAGAGAUAGCAAAACAGCAGGAGAAAGAGAGAGGCAAGGGUGUGUCCGAAAUGGUACCCUAUCCCCUAUAUAGUGCAUAUAUUCCCUGGGCUCUAGUCAAAAGCAGUGCACUAAAUAGUCACAUACAGUCCCAUCCAUUUUAGACUCAUUGGGUGUUGAGACAGAAGGCCCCAGCCUCUAGUCCACAGAUGUUGAGGGACAGAGGGGCAUUUGAGAGAGUAAACCUUGCUAAGUGUUUCUGCACUCCUCCAUAACUGUUAUCAGAGCCCAUUACUGGGGGCUUCGCCGCUAAUCACUGUGGACAAGAUCACCUGAUGUCAUUAACCAUCAUGCAGGACUCCCUGCUUCACACAGAGCAGAGACAGAGCAGCCAGGAAGAGGAUGGGUGGCUGCCAGGGGCUCAUCAGACCUGAGAGAGAUGAAGGGGGGAAGAAGGGUAGAACAGAGAGAGAGAGAGAGAGAGAGAGAGAGAGAGAGAGAGAGAGAGAGAGAGGAUAGAGAGAGAGAGAGAAGAGAGAGAGAGAGAGAGAGAGAGAGAGAAGAGAGAGAGAGAGAGGAGAGAGAGAGAGAGAGAGAGAGAGAGAGAGAUGUAUAGUAAAAGAGAGAGACGGUUGCAAUAGAGGGAGGGAGAUGUGUAUAGUGAGGGAGAAGAGAAUGGAGAGAGGUAGAGAAAGAGGAUGAGAUGGAGAGAAACAGAGUAGGUAGGUAAAGACUAGUUGUCAGCCUGGAUGGGUCUGAUCCAACUGCUCACAGGAGGGAUACAUUUUCCAAAUUACAAAUCAAUCCCUAGUUUCGCUUGUGACAGAAGUUCAUUACCAUAUUGCAUAUAGUUAGUACAGAGUCCUUCCAGAUCCACACAGUGCCUACGGUAGGGCGAUGGGUUUAUUUAGAAUUGCGUAAAAGAGAGAGGUUACCUCUGCUCUAUGCAGAUUCUCUCCUCUCAUCUGGGGCCUCUCUAGCAUUGUGAAUAGCAGGAUGGAGGGGCCGCACUGAAAGUGUGUGUAAUUGUGUUAGUGUGUGUGUGUCUGGGACGCAUGCGCCCCAUUGGAUCACUGGCUGCAGCAGUAGGUGAAUGUGUGCAUGGCAGGCCAUUCAAGGCCAGUCACUCUGAAAAGGGCUCCGUUGACUCAUCCUGCCACAAUGUGACACAGGGACCUGAUCCACUUACACUACAGGACCCACUGCCAGAGAGAGAGAGAGUGGGGGAGAGGGUAACAGGGAUAAAGACCGGUGAGAAAGAUGGAGAGUAAAAAAUAGGUAAGGGGGGGGGGGGAGAGAAAAGAGAUGGAUGACAGAAAGAAAUGGAUAAGGCAUAUGAAAAAGAUGGAGGGUAAAGAAGAGAGGUAGAUCGGUAUGGAAAAAGGGGGUGAAAGGGAGAGAGAGCAAGAUAGAAAGUAAAGAAGGGAGGAUGAGAGAGGGGACAGCUAGUAAGUGAUAUAGAGUGAGUUAUAGAUCAUAGACACCUUACUGGUACGUACAUACAGUGGGGAAAAAAAGUAUUUAGUCAGCCACCAAUUGUGCAAGUUCUCCCACUUAAAAAGAUGAGAGAGGCCUGUAAUUUUCAUCAUAGGUACACGUCAACUAUGACAGAGAAAUUGAGGAAAAAAAAUCCAGAAAAUCACAUUGUAGGAUUUUUUAUGAAUUUAUUUGCAAAUUAUGGUGGAAAAUAAGUAUUUGGUCACCUACAAACAAGCAAGAUUUCUGGCUCUCACAGACCUGUAACUUCUUCUUUAAGAGGCUCCUCUGUCCUCCACUCGUUACCUGUAUUAAUGGCACCUGUUUGAACUUGUUAUCAGUAUAAAAGACACCUGUCCACAACCUCAAACAGUCACACUCCAAACUCCACUAUGGCCAAGACCAAAGAGCUGUCAAAGGACACCAGAAACAAAAUUGUAGACCUGCACCAGGCUGGGAAGACUGAAUCUGCAAGGUAGGUAAGCAGCUUGGUUUGAAGAAAUCAACUGUGGGAGCAAUUAUUAGGAAAUGGAAGACAUACAAGACCACUGAUAAUCUCCCUCGAUCUGGGGCUCCAUGCAAGAUCUCACCCCGUGGGGUCAAAAUGAUCACAAGAACGGUGAGCAAAAAUCCCAGAACCACACGGGGGGACCUAGUGAAUGACCUGCAGAGAGCUGGGACCAAAGUAACAAAGCCUACCAUCAGUAACACACUACGCCGCCAGGGACUCAAAUCCUGCAGUGCCAGACGUGUCCCCCUGCUUAAGCCCGUACAUGUCCAGGCCCGUCUGAAGUUUGCUAGAGUGCAUUUGGAUGAUCCAGAAGAGGAUUGGGAGAAUGUCAUAUGGUCAGAUGAAACCAAAAUAUAACUUUUUGGUAAAAACUCAACUCGUCGUGUUUGGAGGACAAAGAAUGCUGAGUUGCAUCCAAAGAACACCAUACCUACUGUGAAGCAUGGGGGUGGAAACAUCAUGCUUUGGGGCUGUUUUUCUGCAAAGGGACCAGGACGAUUGAUCCGUGUAAAGGAAAGAAUGAAUGGGGCCAUGUAUCGUGAGAUUUUGAGUGAAAACCUCCUUCCAUCAGCAAGGGCAUUGAAGAUGAAACGUGGCUGGGUCUUUCAGCAUGACAAUGAUCCCAAACACACCGCCCGGGCAACGAAGGAGUGGCUUCGUAAGAAGCAUUUCAAGGUCCUGGAGUGGCCUAGCCAGUCUCCAGAUCUCAACCCCAUAGAAAAUCUUUGGAGGGAGUUGAAAGUCUGUGUUGCCCAGCGACAGCCCCAAAACAUCACUGCUCUAGAGGAGAUCUGCAUGGAGGAAUGGGCCAAAAUACCAGCAACAAUGUGUGAAAACCUUGUGAAGACUUACAGAAAACGUUUGACCUGUGUCAUUGCCAACAAAGGGUAUAUAACAAAGUAUUGAGAAACUUUUGUUAUUGACCAAAUACUUAUUUUCCACCAUAAUUUGCAAAUAAAUUCAUUAAAAAUCCUACAAUGUAAUUUUCUGGAUUUUUUUUCCUCAUUUUGUCUGUCAUAGUUGACGUGUACCUAUGAUGAAAAUUACAGGCCUCUCUCAUCUUUUUAAGUGGGAGAACUUGCACAAUUGGUGGCUGACUAAAUACUUUUUUUCCCCACUGUAUUUAGUUGAUCAGUGGUCUGAGUCAAGCGGAGGAAGGGAGGGUGGCUAGGGUUUAAUAUGAUGUGACUUUGUUCUCUGUAAAUGAGAUGAGUCACUCCCCUAGUAACUCUACCACUCUCACCCUUCCUGUUACAUGACACACAGACAGUCAACACUCUCUCCAGUCUCUCAUGUUCUAUUAGUGCUCACUCCACUCACUUUCCUCAGUUAGUCCAGGAGAAUUUGGAUAUCACUGUAAAUCAAGGGUGUACAUCUUCAAUUUGCCUCGUCAUAAAAUGACUCAGCCACAUGCUGUAAGCACUCAGCCUUGUGCCAAGGAAAACAAUAGGUGUUGUCAUAGGGCCUCGAAUCUACAUUGGAUCAACAUAGAAAAUGUUCCAUGCAUACUUAAAUGUACUACAUAUAGUAUAUGUUAUGCUUUAGGUUUUCAUCAUUUGUAAUAGUUGUAUUCUGCUAAGGCACUUGAGUAGAAUACAGUGCAUUCGGAAAGUAUUCAGACAACUUCCCUUUUUCCACAUUUUGUUACGUUACAGCCUUAUUCUAAAAUUGUCUCGAAAUUGAGCUCAGGUGCAUCCAAACAUUUCUAAAAACCUGUUUUUGCUUUGUCAUUAUGGGGUAUUGUGUGUAGAUUGAUGAGGGGGAAAAACUAUAUUAUUAAUUUUAGAAUAAGGCUGUAAUAACAAAAUGUGGAAAAAGUCAAGGAGUCUGAAUACACGAUUGUUAUACAGAAACGGUGUCUCCUGUCAUAUGCUGAACUAGUUGCAUUGUGGAUUUUGCCUAAAACAUUAUUUUAGACCAUGUUCAUGUUCCGAAUGCACUGUAUGCUGCCUGGUUAAAGAACAGAUACCUAGGCUACGACGUGUGACACAACGUUAUUCCCACGGGGGACCAGUAUGAAAAAGUGUAUGCCCUCACUACUGUAACUCUGGAUAAGAGCGUCUGCUAAAUGACUAAAAUGUAAAUGUGGAUGUGAAAUGUAUUGUAUGUUUUAUAGCAGGUUUUAUGGAUUCAUCAUUUCUAAUACCCCCAGUUAAUGUACUUUUCCUUUUGCUACAGGAUGGAGUCCACUGAGAAAUGUGAAGUGGUAAUACAGCAUUUCAAUGGGAAAUACCUGAAAACCCCACCAGGCAUUCCAGGUAAGAAAAUCACACAUUUUCACAGAGAAACCCUCCGUCCUGAUUCAGUUAUAUUAAUUGCACCGUCUCAACUUUCCACUCCUUGAUAGAUUGUGUACAAUUGCACUUCUGACACCCGACGUGAGCGUUGUCACUAGCUCUCUCACUAGCACUAUCCUCUUAUUCAAAAAGGGCCUGCCUGGCUGUCGCUGACUGUUGGUUUCAGGAGCUUCUAGGGAAGCCAAAGCGCUCUUAAUAUUCACACUGCGGGCCUCUUUGCUGCUCUGAAAUCUACUUAAGAGCUGCCUUUCCUGAAGCCAACCUGCCAAGGGGACCCAGAGAGGGAGUGAGAGAGAAAGGGGGGGGGAGAGAGAGGAGGGAGAGAGAGAGUGAAGGAGAGGGAAUACGAGAGUGGGCUGCCUCAGCAGUUUUCAGGCCAGGUGCAGUGGUGCACUAAGACCCCUGUUCAUUUCAAUAGGAACCUGAGGCCAAGAGGGUUUCUGUGGAGACCUCACCAGGCCCCCCGAUGGUUUUAUUGACAGUGUGAAUACUCACACACUAGAAUCCACAGGGACACAGCAUGGACUGCCCUUAGAAUAUAGUCCCUUACAGUACAGUCCCCAUAGAGACAUUUUUACAAUUGCCCGUAUAUUCCACUGAGCCCACUGUAUAGGCUAUCCCACUAUCCAUUAAAAGCAUGGGCGUAUAUGGGGCUGGGAUGUAAUGGGAAACCUUUAAAGUGAUAAUAUCACACUGACCUUCCCCUUUAAGUGUCCCCUCCCAGGUGCUUGGGGGGAAACUAUUAUGGUUUAUAGAUUCUAAGGAAAAGUGCCAACGGACAAGAUUUUCAGAGAUCAGCUAUAAAUCAGUCUUUGUAUUUCAUCAAACUUAAUAAAUUGAAAUUGUCAUCAUCUGAAGUGUUCGGAUAAGUUGCUGUGAUUUGAUGGUCUCCUCUUGCACAGUGACGUUUGAUUGCAAAGUCUCAUUUUGUUAUUGUUGUUGUUGCUAAUUUCCCUUGGACCUUGAUAGACUGAUUAAUCCAGUCACUGUAGUACUGACUGUUGUUUUUACCUUGUUAGCUACAGUAGAGUCUGUGCCUCUUCGUGUAUAGAGAUUGAAAUGUACUGUCUUUUUCUAUCAAAACCCUGCCCACGUUGACAUUUUUUAUUUUUUUUUGGUGUCACUGUCUGCCAAACAGAAAUCCCUCAACAACAUGCAUCUAAACAUCAAACUCAGAUGUUCUAGCUGCAGGUCCCUUGAGAAAGUAGAGCUCCUGUGAAGGCCACAACACUAGCGUAGCGUUAGCAUAGUGUAGCGUUAGCCUAGCGUAGCGUGGUGUUGUGUUCUGUAAGGCCACAGCGUAGCAUAGCCUAGAGGUGUUGUGAAGGCCACAGCACUAGCAUAUCCUAGCGAUAGCGUUGCCUAGCGUUAGCUUAGUGUAGCAUGUUGUGUUGUGAAGGCCACAGUGUAACUUUAGCCUAGUGUACCAUGAUGUGUUGUGUCGUGUCAUGGUGCUGCUGGUAUUUCCCCUGAGCCUGUUGCUAUGCAGGGCAGCCUCUUCAUCCAUCCUGUUCUGACAGCUCAGCGGCUCCCCCCGGUGCCCUUCAACACAUGCUCAGCAUGCUAGCAUAGUUUAUGUGUGUGUGUGUAUCAGACGGACUUAACUGGCCUUCUCACACUGUCCCCAAGACAGGCACGCACACACAUACGCAUUCACUCACUCGCCCACCCACACACACAUAUACACACACACACAAAACCACUCAUCCUGUCCCGAAUGUGUAGUGUCAGCAUCUACAUAAUGCUAAUGAACUCCUUUCUCUUUCUUAUCACCAUUUAACAAAACCCAGAAACCCAAUGUACACAUUCCUCCCUCAAUGUCCUCAGCUUGCUCCAGUUCCCUCUGGCCGACAUUUUGACAAGCCUCUGAAUUGCCUGCUUGGCCACUCCAUCAUAUUUAGUCAGAUAGAGAGAUGGGGCACGGGCACCGCCACCAGUUAUGGCUUUUCUUCUCAGGUGUGUCAAGUUGCUGUGAGAGGAUAUAGAAUUGUCACCCCGUGUCCCAUAGGAGGAAGUAAAUAUCUGGACGUCAGCAACAGAUCAUCAGUUAAUGUCAAGGGGCCG